AUGGUUCUGGAGGACAGCGAGACCGACUCUGUCUUUGAGCCUCAAAUCACUGUGAGUAUCCGAUCACACAGAGCUUAAGCUAAUCUUGAGGCUAGAAUUGCUGUUUACAAGUGUAAUCCUGCAAGGUUAAAUGACUUUUAUGUUCUACAUGAUUAAACACAAAGGCAAUUUCUGAAACUGCAUGAGUACUCGGGGUAUCUGGUCUCAUGCCACAUUAAUGAAGCCUGCUUCUGUAAAGUGUCUUAAAAGCAAUGCACACCUAUGUUAAGUCAUGUUCACAAACAUCAUCAUGUAUUGUUCAUUCAAGCAAGAGUCUGAAUUUGUGUUUUUGUUUCCUUUUCUUUAUUUUAGGAGGAGCAUGUGGAGACUCAGUAUGGAACCGUCCACUGCAUCAUGUCAGGAACUCCAAGGGCAAACCGCCCCGUCAUCCUGACCUUUCAUGAUGUUGGAUUGAACCGUAAGUCCAAACAAAGUAACACUAUAUCUUAAAUGAUUAUAUACUGAAAACAAAAGAACAAAUACAAUUUUGCAUGGGGAAACUUUUUUCCAGGAUUUAAAGAAACCCACAAACUUGUAUUGACAGAUAUUUCCCUGAGUGUUGCGUCUAUUUUUCUUGUGUAUACUUUAUUUCAUAAUUUUAAGACAGCUUCACAAACUCAGGGUAACACAACUUAAUGACAUUUUUAUCUUUGUUCUUAACAGACAAGUCCUGUUUCCAGACACUGUUCAACCAUGAGGACAUGCAUGAAAUCACAAGACAUUUGCCUGUUUUACACGUUGAAGCACCAGGACAGCAUGAGAGAGCCAAAACCCUUCCUACUGCGUCAGUGCACUUCUUUACCACAUCCUGACUCUUAUUGUUUUUACAUCACUCUGGUGUAUUGUUGGACAUUCAUAAGUGACCUGUUGUUGGUUCUGUUCACCCCUCAGGUACACCUACCCGUCCAUGGACCAACUGUCUGAAGCUCUGCCUGCUGUCCUCAAACACUUUGGGUAAGACAGACGUGAACACUUUUCAGCCGCCCUUUUAUUAAAUGUUAGUCUUAUUCAUACAGUGUACUUAAGUUUGUCCCAGUUUGACCUUUUGUCUGUGUGCUUUGCAGGAUACGCAGUGUGAUUGGACUAGGAGUUGGAGCUGGAGCCUACAUCCUGGCAAGAUUCUCUGUGAGUUCCAGGCUCAUCUCUAAAUCUCAUUUAAACUUGAGACACAUUGAGAGAACAAAAGCCAAGACCUAGAAUUUGGGAUGUGUUGAGGAAGUCUGAGUCGUGAAGUUGCACAGAUUUCACAUGCCCCCUGGAGAAAGAUUUGACUAUGAAGCCACUACUGAUUUAAACAUAAAAAAGAAAAGUCAAGAGCUGCAGAAACCAAAUGUUAUUGUGAGUCACUGGUAGAAAUCAUUAAAAACCUGUUUUUUUUCUCCGUCUGUGUGUAGCUGAAUCACCCUGACCUGGUGGACGGAUUAGUUUUGGUCAACAUCAACCCCAGUGCUGAAGGACUUAUGGACAGUGUUGCAUACAAGGUUGGCAUUAUUUCAGAUAUUGUGUUACUUUUGAUCCUGUCUUGUGUUUUUAGAUUAGCUUGGCUGAUUGUUGUAAAAGUUGUAAUCUGAGUGUGAUGUGAUUAUGUGCUCAUUUCAUGUGUUUCAGAUCACUGAAUGGACCCACACUCUCUCAGAUCAAGUCAUUGCACAUUUGUUUGGAAAGGUAAGUUAACAAUUACUUUCCCUCAGUCAACACAACAACACCGUAUGUCGCACACUUCCUGUACAGAACUUUGUCAAAUAAGAGGAAGAAUAUAUUAGACUUACUUUUAAAUUCAUUCCUCAGGAGGAGAUCCAAACCAACCAUGACCUUAUCGCAACAUACCGUCACCACAUCACAACAACAAUGAACCAGUCCAAUGUGAGCCAGUUCUUCCGCUCGUACAACAGCCGUAAUGCUCUGGAGGUGGAGAGGCCUGUACCUGGAGGAAACAUCAACGUCAGGACCCUGAAGUUAGUACAACUACAGAUAAAAAAAAAGAAAACAGACAAUAGUCAGAUAUAUUAUACUACAAUUUUUGAUGCCUUGUGUUCAUAGUCGUUAUUCUUUAGACUAAUUUGUAAGGCGUCGUGACUUCAAUGGUUGUAACAGGCUUUACAAAUUCAUACUUGAUAAUUUACCUACCCGUUUGUUGAUCUACAGGUGCUCCACUCUGCUGGUUGUAGGAGAUGACUCUCCUGCUGUGGAGGCUGUGGUCGACUGCAACUCCAAACUCAACCCCACCAAGACCACACUGCUGAAGGUAUGAUUAAAAAAGAGAGGCAAAGAACAAAUGAUCGUUUCAGUAAAAAAUAAAUCCUUAUACAUAUUAAUGUGUUUAUGUUAUGUGUGCUGAGAUUAUUUGUUCAAAAUACUUUUAUCAACAUAAUCAAGACUCAAAGAAAGUAAUCAGUAGUGAUACCUUACUGUUUAACCCCAACUUAACACAUAGUUACUUUAUUUUCAUAAAGAUCUCUUUUCAACUAAGUUAAUUAUUCAACAAAAUAAAGGUUUUACCCUCUAACUGAAGCCUGCCCUUUGCUCUUCUAGAUGUCGGACUGUGGAGGUCUUCCCCAGGUGUCUCAGGUAUGGACUGUAGCAUCUUAUUGGCCACUCUGCUGGCAAUACCCUGCAGAAUCUGCUCUCCUGAUUGGCUGAGGAAAAAUAUUAAUCACUUUUCAUUUCCUCACUACAGCCAGCAAAAGUGAUUGAAGCCUUCAAAUAUUUCAUCCAGGGAAUGGGAUACUGUAAGUCAACUUCUUUUUACAAAAUUUAUUUUAGCGGUAGAUAUACUCGUAAGAAAAAAACUUAAAUAGUUGACAAUCAUUAAUGUAUGGUGCAGAAUAGUUAAAACCUCUCUUUCUCUUAUACAGUGUCCAGUGCUAGCAUGACCAGACUUCGCUCACGGACAACCUCCAGCUCUAGCAUCUCAUCCGUUGAUGGCUCUCGUAGCCGGGCACACACCAAUGAGCUGCGUGGUAGAAUACACUCUCAUGGCACAGAGGAGAAGCGUGGGCGCUCACACACUGAUGUCUCCAUGGAGAGCAUUUCCAACAGCAAUGUGGAUCAGAUUAUCUCUAAAUCCACUGAAUUGGCAUGUUAGAGUCCCUCUGUGUUCCUAAAUCCCAUGCACUUAAACCCAAUCAUACCUCAUUAUAUGCACCCACAUAGCCCCUUUCCUCCUUUCCUCUUAUAUACAUCCUUCUCAUAUUUGCUACGCCCUUUCAACUGCACUAUCUUUAGUUAAGAAGUCACAGGUCAUGUUACACAAUGUGAUCUUGAUCUAGCCUUUUGUAUCCUUUUCAACUCUUAACUCUCCAUCAAUAUUCUUCUUUACAACCUUCCCAGUCCCUCCCUCUAACUUGUCCUUGUUACCCUGAACUCUCAUUGUAUUUCUCUACCUCUGUUUUUUCUUUUCUAUAUAUUGUCUCUUCCCCGUCCUUGGUCAUGUCCAUGUCUUCUUUUUUUCUCAUUUUGAUUUCCUCCCCUCUUAUAUUAUUCCUAGUACCACAGUACCUGCUCCAGGCUUCCUUGUGCUCUGAUAUUCUUCAUAAUGUGCACAACAUGAAGAAAUGAUGAAAAUGUGAAGAUGGAGUCUUUAUGCUAACACAUUAAUGUGAAACUCGAAACUCAAAUGUGAAUUCAUGCAUUAUGACUAAAGUGAAGAUGUAAACAUAUCCUCUAAUGUAAGAAAACGUAGUGUUUAUGACUUCAAUUAUGUAUAUUAUUGACUAUAUGUGACUAUGACAGCUGUGUAUAACUAAACAGCAGGAAUGUAUUUUACAUAUACUUCAAAUCAAAAACUGUUUGAAACUGUACUCUGUAAUAUAAAAUAGUUAUUUACUUUUACUUGUAUAUUAGGCUCAGUCAGUGAAACCGAAUAGAUAAUGUACACGUCUUUGUGCUUCAGUAAAUAAACAUUUUAAUGAAAAUAAUCAUCUUGCACUCUCUGAUGUAUUCUUAAUACAGCAGAAACAGAAUUACUUGAUGUAUUUAGCAUUUACUACCAAGGUUAAUUGAGAAUAAAUGGAUCAUAUCGUAAACCCCUCACUUUAACUGCAAGUUGUUUGCUGAAGUACUAUAACUAAUGCAUUUGGAUUAACAACAAAGAACAUAAUCCUGCUGUUAUAUCUGCAGAAAUACAGUAGAAGUCAGAAGAUUCCUACUCAGGCUCAAAGUGAUAUGAUAUCACAGAACAUGGUGUUCACUGAAUAACUUUUUUUCUCCAAACAAUAUACUGAUUCAAUUUUAUGAACUCAAUGUGUGCUCUAAUCAUUAGGAAUGUGUGUGUGUCCCCUAUUGUGUACCUUUACAAUCUGUCCACUAGAUAGAGCUAUGCAUCCUCCCCUGUUCUCCAUAGCAGCAUGUCUAAAAACAGUCAGGCAUCAUCAGGUCAGGUUUUACAGCCAAAGCACUUCCAAAUCCCAUAUUCAAAACACUGUAGAUUGUUUGAACACUAAAUUCAAAUCGCAUGGAUGCAAUCACUCAAAAAUAGAAAACCAAUCAUCUAGCAUAGCAUUAUGGAGCUUUUUAAUAUCUCUUAUGCCUCAUAUUUACCCUUGGCCUCUUCCAGAUGACUGGAUUAAAGAGUACUGUACAAUAGUUUGUUUUUAAUCCCUGUUUUUUUCCAUCCUUGCGUGUGGUUCCUGACCUGCAUACUCAUAUACAAUCAGAGAUACCUACAAUUUUGAUCAUUUAUUUAUCUAUUGGGAAAGAAUGCUAAAAAUCACAGUUAAGUGAACCAUUAAAUGAUACAUAUAUCUUUUAGUAAAUAAAAGUGGUCACUAGAAAAUAAAAAUUGUUUUUGAGAGGUCCUCCAGCAGCUACAUCUCUAUAGUGCACCUAUGGCUCUACUUUGUUUAAGAAUAUGUAUUUUUGUCUUAUCUCAUUAAAAAACACUGUCUCUGUAUGUUGAGAAGUUUUACUUCAUACAGCAUCACGCACAAUGGAUUCUAUCAUCUGCAACUUGCUCAGAGUUGAUUAAGUUCUUCCUCUCUCCAAUAAUGUUUAAUAUUCUGAUUCAUUUUGCACUGGAGAUAAUUGGUUUUCCCCAAAAGCGGCCAAGUUUUGUGACUGCCAAAUGUGUAAAUGUGAGGUUUGCUAGAGGGCAAGCAAAAUCAAUGUGACUAUGAUGUCAUGACUUUUAAUCCACCCAGUGUCACCCACUCAAGUGCCACAAUGUACACCACUCUUCUGCAGGGACAAAAAUAAUUUUGAAUUGCUUUUCUGUCUGCACUUGUGUGUGUAUGGAAAUAAGCUAAAUGUAUGAGUGUUUCAUAAUGUGUAGGUGGGACUGUGUGUGUAGGCCCAUCAGUAGAUGGAUUGUUUUAGGAUGUGACUGUGAGACAGUGGACACACACAGAUCAGCAUAAUGGCUAUCAGCAUCAAAGUCACAACAAUUUUUUUGAGUGCAUUUAUGUGUGUUUGUGUGUACGCGAAAAGCAUUUUUUCAAAGCUUCUUUUGUUUGGCUUACAUUGCGACACUAUGAUGAAUAAUGUAUAAGAAAUCUGAAGAUUUGAUUUGAACACCAAACAUCAGCUCAUUGCACAAUUCUUAUCUCACUGCGCUUUAGUGAAUUGUGCUGCAUCAAAAAAUUACUGAAUCCCGCACAUUAAUUUCCAUCCACUACAACAGAUCUUUGUGAUGUGUCCUGUAAGGUAGACUUGAUGGCAAUCCCACGAGAAAAGUAAUGACUGCACCGAAGAAGGACUGAGGAAGUGGAUAGCUGUUUGGUUUCUGCAUUACUCAGUAAUGAACAGUACACCAUGGGAUAUUGAUUUUAUUCUGGAAUGUUUGUCAAUCUCCACAAGUCUGAUCUCCUUACAGCAGUGUGGCUCUUCAGCUCAUGCAGUACCUAAAAUGGUCAUUCUGCACAAUUUUCAAUCAGUUUCAAUAGACGUGCAGAAAACAUCAUCAAAGAUUUGCAGUGUUAAAGAGCAAACGACAUAAAAGAGUGUAAGGCCAUGUGGGCUUAGGUGUACCACUUUGGUAUAGUAAAUCAAAAGAGAGAGUAAACUACAAAAUUUAAUGAAAGUUUUAUUUCUUAUGUGCUUUUUCUUUCUCUUGAGUUCAUUGCCAUAAGUGCGGUUUUAUGCUACUUUUAUGUGAGCAGUAUUUCAAGUUUGGACAAAAAAAAAAAAAAAAGAAUGAAAGCUUUUGUGUGUAGCACGUGGUUUGUGUUGAUUUUGUGGAGAAAGCAGCUCUUCUAACCCUGCUGAUCCUGUCCUGUACAUGUGUACUGUGUAGUGUUUUCUGAUGAAAAAUCUCGUCCAACUUUAUGUUGACAGCCUAAUGUAUCACAAUGUAAUAAAUGCUCACAAAGUCUCUUUAAACUCCUUAUUUUUGUCAUCUACCUUGGGGCAGGAGUUUUAAAGCAGCAUAACUCACUUUAUAUAAUUUAUAGAUCCUUUUGCUGCUGGCAGUGGUUUCAUCUGUAGGCCGUGAAGAGGUAUCAUUAUCAAUUCCAGUCUGUUGUAAAACCUGCCAAGGGGAACUUUAAAAUUUGCUUGAUUUUUUUUUUUUUAACAAAAGCUCUUAAACAAAAGUUAUUUGAGCAUGUAUUUUUUAAGAUACUACUUAUCUGAAAGAGCCAAACAAAAUCAUGAGUAAGAUCACAUAGAGGAGAGUAGGGUAGGAUGAGCCAUUUUUCAUAUUACGGAUCACUAUCAUCAAGGCAAUCAUAGUUUUGUCUCUAACUAGUGUAUCUGCAUAUAUUUCAAGAUGUUGUGCAUCCCUGCAAACCAACAGAGUGAGUGUAAACAAAACUGUCUUGAUAAUAUAGCGUGCCCAAAAAAGUAGCCUCCUAUGGUCAACUUACCCCACUUAUGGGGUUAAGUUGGCCAUAGGAGUGGGGUAAGUUGAGCCAUACCCCCCCCCCCCCCCUAUUGGUCCUCUAAGUUAAAAUUGUGAACUUUUAUGGUAGGUUUUUGACCUUAUGUUGUAGCUCAUAGAUACCACAAUUGAUGUAUAAAACAAAUUUAAAAUGACCUUUUUUGGUCUGAACACAAUUCUAAUAAAACUUAUGACAGACUAAAUUCACUUUCAAGAGUGAAAAAUGUUUUUUCUAAAUAAAUGUCUAACCCCUUCAGCCAUGCGCCUCUAACCUUCACAGACUCCAUGAAUUGAUGCCCAUCUCCUAAAUAUUUGGUCACAUGAUCAAUUUCUUUGCCCAUUUCCAAGCAACAGGGGGUGGCUCAACUUAUCCUUUGGCUCAACUUACCCCACUCUCCCCUAUUAUUGGAUACUUUAAUUUAAAACGACUCCCAGCUAUCUCUCUCUGAGUAUACUCUUGCUGCAAGUCCCUGGUUCAUACGUUUUUAUUAAAUAUUCUUACAUAAGGACAAUUUGGGGGCCCUUGCUUGAGCACCGGACACGUAGGACCCCUCUCCUCCUGUCAGUGAGCCCCUCCAGCUGCAGCCAUGUUGGAAACGCUCAGGCAGCGGUGGUGGUGCUAACAGCUAGCGUCAGUGGACACCGACAACCGGGCACGGCGCUGUUGUGGACAAAAACAGACAGGGAGAGGGCUCAUAACGGAGCGAUACAGCCCCUCCAACCGGUUGUGAUAUCAGCGGACACAUAUUUAAAAUUAACCUCACUGUGUGGGUAAAGGUGGCCGGUCACGAAGAGUAGCAGCGGUCGGGCUCCGGGGCGAAAGCGGGUGAGUAUCGAUCCCUCCGGUGGGCGGAUUAAAUGGGAAUAGCCCACCGUUAGCCGAGUUAGCUUAGCAUUAAAGGGGGUAACAGAGACAAUGGGGUUAACGGUAAGGCAGUACGUGUAGGGUUGGUCUCAGUUGUUGGAGUAAGGAUUUCGGGUGAAAUAUAGUUGAAUGAGGGAUAAGAAAUACAGGACAUUUGAACACCGUUAAGUCAUUUGUAUUCCUAACAGAGAGACAGUGGUGCAGUGGCCGAAACCACCCCUCUCUGUUUCUCCGCUGAGGUGCAAAGGUCCAAACCAAGGAAGAUUUCUGUCAUUCAGGGUAACAACAUCGUGGCAAAACACAUGUAUUUACAACAUUAACGAAUUGCUCAGACUGAGGCUUAUUGUUUCAAGUAGAGGGUUUUAAACAAAAGGAGGACAGCUCUUUCUUAACCUGUGCGUCUCAAGUGUUCUGGCUUGCUCAGGCUACUGCCUUGUCAACCACAAUAGUGUACACUUAUCUCUGUGCUAGGCCGAGAAAAAUGUAUUAAUAUUAAAACCUAACCUGGAUUAAGGACUACAGAUCAAUCCCCGACUACGCGCAAUGGGAUUAGAUUUAUACUUUAGAUGUAAUGCCCACAUCUAAAGAGCUAUAUUGUGCAGCCUGGUGAACAGCAGCAGCCCCGUGGAUGUGAUUUGACAGUUUUCCUUACGGGGAUUAGGAGUCAAAGCUGCCCUGUCAUGACUCACACAGAUUUCUGCCUUCCUGCGCUCUUCCCAUCAUGUUUCCUGCCUCUAUGUGACUGUUACCCUUCAUCCCAUCCCUAUACAUCCCCCUGUAGCCAAAACUGCAGAGUGAAGACCUCAACCUGUGUCCUUUCAUGUAUAGUGGGCAAAAACAUUCAUCUUAAACAGAACAACUAGCUUAAUCCAUAUUGGUGUUUUUCAUUUUAUUUCCACUCAAAUAAAAGCAUGACAAGGUUUGCUUUCCCACUAAUAAACAUGAAAUGUGAUAAAAUUUUCAAGCAUGUACACCACAAGGCAUCUAGUGAGAGUCUUUUCAGAAAAUGUGACUCGUAUUUUCAGUUCCCUUUCCGCGGAUGACCUCAAGCUGACCCAUGGAUGACACCCGACAGUGUAGAUGUUGUGGGAAGUUUUUUGAAAUCUUUUAGAGACUAUAUGUAUAUUCAGUGCUGUGAUUCAUGCUCUUUUUUGUGGUUUAUUUAUAUGUAUGACGUAAAUCUAACAAGUGCCCAGUAAUAUUUUCAGUCUAUACAAACAGUUUUGAUUUAAAUUAAAUGUCUGCUUACUGUGUAGAAAUGAAGUAGUAUUCUUUUAAAUAAUCAAGUACACUUGGAUUUCAUUUAAUUGUCACUUAGAAAGCUCAGAGUCUCUAGCUGCUUUCUUUCUCCUCUGCCUGCCAGUUCUCCUUGCUUCCUUUUCUGUUUCUUCCACUAAUCUAAGGAGGCAGGGAUGGGGAAAGCAGCGCUGUCGAUGCUGGAUCGAUCUUUACACCUGCUUGUUUUCAGACAGGAAAAGAUAAAGAGGAAAGACAGACAGAGGAAGAUAAGAUGGAAGGCGAAAGGAGAUGUACUUUGGAAAACAAUCAGAAAUGAGAGCUCAGGAGAGGGAGGAAGGGUUUUGGAAAUGAAACUCAGCCCUCAGGUGUGUCGGUCUGAUACAAUCAGUGGGCGGGUGUUUCCCCUCCUAUAAGUGACAGCGUACAGUACAACAAGGAAGUGGAGACGCAGAGCAGAAACACAUACAGGCAUCUAUGAUUGAGCAGAGGUUCAGUCCUCUGUACGCCGACUGACAACAUGCAGUUCUGGGAUUUCCUGGGCUGCACCAAUGGAGGUAUGGUGAAUGUGUGAAGUCAUUCUGAUGGCUCAGGGAGAGCGUUCAGCGUUGAUUGGACUGGUGUGUGUGUUCAAUGCUGGUAGGCAGGUAGAGAGGGUCUGGCAGGCUGAGGGCUGGAAAGGAAUUUGCGCUGCUUGCCGCUGUGCAAGCAGUUGCAUGUGAAAACCUCACAGACAGGUAGAGAGUAGAGCGCAAACAAAGAAGCUGAAGGCUCUGAUACAGUGUCAGCCUGCUCUGUGUUCCUUUGAUAAACCUGACCGGCUGCCUUUUACGGCUCAACAGAUUUGACUAAUAACUAAAUAGCCACUAUGUUGUGAUUGUUUGUAUCGUUUGGCCUGAAUGUUUUGGGAUUUUGCUCACACGAGUGGUCUUUAUGAAGCAGAAUAGAAGUGUGCUGUUAUGUCCAUAUUCAGUGCUUUCUUUUUUGACUCAUUAACUGCCAUGUUGUGUUUUUUGGUAAACAGUUAAAAGUCUACGAAACCUAAAGAGAGCAUAUAAAAAACCCGCUGUUGCAGCUACACACACUUCUGUAUCUUACUGGGAGUAUCACUUCCACUACAGCUUCCACAUGGUGUCGUCACUUUAUAGGCAAAGGUACUCACUGUUUGGGAUUUUCAGACUCUCUUAUUUUUAGGUGCCAGACUAGUUCAGUUUAGUAAUGACUGUAUGUCCAGGUUUUUUAAGCAAUAUUGUAAUGCUAAUACUGCUGUCAUACAAGCAAAAAUCUAUCUAAAUUUUCACACAUUUACUGUGGUACCAGAUUUUUAUUUGUUAACUUAACAGAAAAACUUUACAGAAUGUGUUCCCCCGACCUCUUUGGUCAAAGCCGUGUCUGGUUAGACCUGAACCACAAACACUUAAACAUCAGAUUGCUGUCAACUACAGAGUCAUAACUAUCAACUGUCACUAUUGCUGUCUGCAGAGAGGUUUCACUCAGAUCUUUCUCAGACCUCUGCGACUACAAGUGAAGUGUGACUGUAUUAGCACAUGAUAUACACAAAACCUCCUAAUCUAUGAAGGAUGUAAAAGUCUUAUGGUGUUAAGUUGUGCUGUUUCUUGUGGUUACUUUAUUCUGCUGUAUUGAAUUCCAGGACAGUUCAACCUCCAACACCCAUCCUGUGCCUCAGGCCAAGUUUUCUGCUGUUGCAUCAAUAGCUCGAUCCUAGAUACCUGACAGGUUGUGUCAUAAUCUGAAAUGUAGAGAAAGUGUUAUUGUUAAGUAAAUACACCCAUGUGUAGUGCUGUUAAACUUCCCCUGAAAUAAGCUGAGUGAUGUUUCUGUCAAUGAUAAUGUCACUGCAGCAAUCAGCUGUCAGAAAAAUAGAAGAUAAUGUGGUACGUAUAUCUGUUGAGGUCUUGUUCUCCUGAGUUAUGGCUGUCACUUGUGAGAAACAGCAAGCAACAUGCUAUCAGUUUGGACAUGUGAACAUAGGACUGAAAACACAUGCUCUUGUUUUGUCAUCAACAGUCUUCCUCUAUUUGCAUUCAGUGCUUUCUGUUUUGUUUAGCUCACUCCAUAUGAUCAGCAUUCCCUGAUGAGAAACUUCCAUUAUGAUGUAGCUUGUGUUUCACUUCUUCCAAACCUUUACUGGCACAGCUCUGAAAGUGGCUGCGAAUUUGCGCUCUUGGCAGAUUUGUUUUAAACAUUUCAACACUCGAUUGUUCCUGACAUUUAAAGCUGGGGAGAAAUUUGAAUAAUUGCCUCUAACAUCUAUAUAAUAUGCAACACUUGUUUGGGAAAGCAGAACAAUAUUUCUUGUUGUACAGUUGUUGAUUAUGACUGGAAGUAAAACAGAGAAUUUUAGAUUUUUCUACAAACAAAAUGAAACUUUUUUUCAUCAUGUUUCAGUUUAGAAACGGAGCACCAUAUCAGGAUUUUGAUUUGCAUUCACCUGCUCAAUGAACAUUACCUACCCAGUUUAUCACCUGACUACAAACACAAAUGGUGAUUCAAAAACUGUUUUAUACAGUUUCGAUACAGUUUAGACAAAAAUUCCUCUGAUUCUACUUUAGGUUGCAUGGCAACUGUUUCUCAUCUGUCUACUUACAGUACCAAUUAACACUGAAUCAAACAUUUUAAUUCCCAGUCAAGUCACAGUCAAACAUCGGCCACUCAUUUAUUAAUAUUUACAUGAAACUAAGCACCCCCAACAGAGUGGAUUAUAGAUCGUAUAUAUUAAGCAUUGCGUUAGUAUGUUCACAAUGAGGACUACAAUGCACCAAUUUUCGACCAGUUUAGACUACCUAUGAAAACUGAUGUUUUUGCCUCAUUGUCAACAAGCAGAGCUGUGCUGCAAUUCAUUUCCCAGGAUUGUUAUGCAAUGAGGUGUAUGAACUGGUUGAUCCUGGUGCCACUCUUACUAUUUAGAAUUAAUAACUUGUCAGAAUCCAUUAUUAAACACAGCUGGGCAAUAAUUAAAACAGCUGGGUAAUAAUGCUAACCAUCAGCAGGACUGUGUUCAUUUGUAAUUAUGAAAGAAGGUUUGUCCAAUAAAGGCAAAAACAGUUGUAUUAAUCUGAGCAGCUCUGGCCGUAAAAGUUGUUAAAUUAUUCUUUAACCAAUCUCUGACUGACAGUCGACAUAUAUUUUUAAGCAGCUUAUGUUAGAAAAAUUGCACAGAAAUGAAGGGCAGAAUACCAAAAGAUGAUGGCUGCCCUGGCUAAACCCUGUAGUCUCCAUUACUAAGAGCGCUCAGUGAGGUGAAGCUUCCGUUGGAACUUGCAGACUUUGUGGUUUGGAUCAAUGAAUUUGUGACCAUUUGAGCUGUGCACUGCACUCUGAAGUAGAGCCAUAAAACAGCUUGCAAGAAGGCCUGUCUUUAAAAGGAUGUUAUUGAUGUAAACAAUGACGCUGUAAACCUGUGAAUUAAUCACAGAAAGAAUGAGAAUAGAAAGUCCUACCCUGUAAAACUGUCUCAAGAGAAGUUUUCCCUCCAUAUAAUGUCAUGCACAAUUGAACCAAAAAUUUGUCACUCUGUCUCAUCACUGUGUGUAUCUGCUGCUUCAAAAGGCAAACCUCAACCAGAGCAUGGUUAUUUACUCAAAGAAAUUGCAUAAAGCAGAUGAAAUAGAGGAAAGAAAAGUGAGGUUCAUGAACUAAAAGUCAUUCUAAGAGAGUGAAGUACCUUGAUUUGUUAAUCUUAAAUUUCUUCUAUUAUCUUGAGGACCAGUGCAAGAACAUUACAAUGAAACUUAGAUCAGAUGUUAUUUACUUGACCAAACUAUGGUUUUAUAUUUGUUAUGUCAGUGUUGUUAAAAUUGUUUUUUUUAAACACAUUGAUUUAGAAAAAUUAACGUUUACACACAAGUGUUUUUUGUCAAGUGCAAAGAUAAAUCAUGACAGUUGAAUUUCUAGCACAGGACAGAGCAGUACUGCACUAUGUUAAGCAUAAUUGGCACACUACUCUGCAGAUUGAGCGUGAAACUUCAAUUAAUUAUGUGUACACAAGCAAAUGACCCUGCAGGAUGGCCUCUGCACUGUGGCUAGUCCAUGAAGAUAAAGACAGAUGUGGAAAAGAGGGCUUCUGCAAAUCUGACCCUUCUCUGUUUUCACUUCUCCACUAUUACUGCAGUAGUCCCAAUACUACAAUGUUAUAGUGAGCUCCUGACUACAACAGCCACCUCUUAGAAGCUGCGGUGUGGUGACUUAAGUCUGUAAGGUAGCUCUAUUCUCAACGAGGCUCUGCUCUGUUCUUCUCUUUUCUGACAGGCGCAUCAGUGCCGAGGAGGUGCAAAAGGCUGUUGUUGUUUUCUUGAUGAGAAUGGAGUUGUGCAAUGCCCUUAGCGUGGUGUCAACUGUAGCGUAGCCUCUGUGUUUUACAGCCAAAGGCAAUCGUUUUCUACUCUGAGUGGGAGAGAGAGAAAGAAAGAGACUGUGAGAGCAAGCGGGGGGGGUCCGAGUAGGAGGGAGAAGCUCAGAGGAGUGUUUAUGCGAGUGAAAAAUGGUAUAAGCAGUUCAGAGACGGAUGUUUCAACACUGUUUUAAUAACAGCUUCCAGUUUUGAGUUGUUGAUUGUAGAUGUGAAAGAUUAAAGUCGACUUUAAAGCAAGGUCAGUCCUGUUAGCACGAAGGAAAUAUCACUGCCAGGACUUUGGUGAAAACCAGGGAACGCAACUCUCUUUUGCAUCAUACAAUAUUCAUGUUCAUAUAGCGAUAUUUCCCUUAGGUAUUAUAUAAACCUAUGAUUAAAAGGAUAUGUAAGUAACACAGACAGCCAUAAAUGUAUUUACUGAUUUAAGUUAUAAAAGUACUUCAGCUGUAGCUUUACAGCCUUACUUUUUCACCAUAUCAGUGUUGCUAGCCUUUUGUAUGAAUGCACUGCCUAUUUUGGCUCAAAAUAGCUCAGUUUUCAAUGCCUCAAAUGUCACUUUUAUGACCUGAAAAUUUUAUAGUCUGGGUUAUUUGUGUGUGUAAGGACUUGUGCUGUGUUGCUUUCGUUAAAAGCAUGCUACUUGUAGCUGACUUUUUAGGGUUCAACUCUGCAGGAGCAAAAUGGAUUAUGUGAUUGAAAGUGACAGGAGAACACACAAUGGAUCUGUAGAUUUCAGAAACAAAGUAACUACAAUAUUAACAAUUUAUAAUCCUAAAAAGUUUAUUAGUCUAUGUGUGACCUAUAGUCUGUGUUGUCACCCUAAAUGCACGAAGCAUUAAUACCUUGUCAUUCCUCUUUGGUCUCAUACAGAUGCUCAAGCUGCCCCUGAGCUUUUUGAGAAGAUGUAAAAGGCUUUCAGUUGAGACCAAAGUGAGCCCUUUUGCUGCAAUAAUUUACAUUUAGAGCAGCUACGAGCAAGAGGCAUAGAUCAGAUACUGAUAAAGCAAUCAAACCACAGGACCUCAACCCAGAAGACUAGGGACCAUUUUCAAAAUCACCUCCUCCAAAAAAGCUCACAUGUUGAGAUAUACAUCCAACCCAGACCAUAAUCUUUUUCUGAGCUGAGCAAAGUUGUUUUUGGUGGUUGUUUAACAGCAGCCACAAGUUAUAAGGGCUUUCUGACUAUUUUACUUUAGUUCUGUAUGUGUGAUGCAAAAAAGGGGGAGAGGGCAGAAGUAUCAUCACAGAGACCCUGAUGAAUGAGUUUCCUGUCUUUCAGGUUGCAUAAAAACUAGUUUUACCUAGAUUACAGCUUUAGAAGUAUGUGAUGGAGAAAUUGAUAGUACUUUUUAAAUUCAAUCAAAACAAAAGGGUAAAUUUCCAAGAUUACAACCUCACAAUAAAUUACAAUACGUAAAAUUGUAACCCCUGUAUUGUUACAUAGAUCGUGUAUAUCGGCCACGGCAUAAAGCUUUGUCAGCAUUUUACUGUGUUAGUGUAAUUUCAGCGUGAGGGAACAUGGCAAUCAUUUGCUGAAAAUGCUUUGCAAAAAGGACAAGAAGAGGAUACGGUCUCACUGCAUUUGAGCACAACUUUGUACCAAAUGAGAAAGACAUCUUGUUCAGCCUCCAUUGAGUUUAGCUUAUUUAUUUAUCUGUAUUUCAAAAGCCAUUUCAGGGGUUGUCUGUGCAUGUCAUUAUUAAAAUGUCUCCUGUCGAAAGUAAAAUAUGAAAUGUCUUCAUGCAACCUAUCUGUACCUUAAUAAACAGCAUAAAUAGGUUGUGUUGAAAUAGUCUCCCUGCUCUUAACUCACACGCAAUGGUAUCCUUAUUUGCACCACAGUGUUGCUUUGUGUCUGUUGCUUGGUAACAGAUGUAACAGUGUAGCUCGAGAGAGUUUCACAUUUCAUCAUAUCGCUCAUUUUGGUCUUUUUUUAUUAUUAUCAUUACACCAGAAUGGAGUGAAGUGUGAGCGAAAAGAUGAGAUGUAGGAGUGCUGUGGUUUGGAGACAGAUUUGGGGGUUGAAUGAGGCCAGUGGGUGAUGUUACUGAGGCAUGACACAGCAGAUCUAUUAUCCUGCCAAGUCAUGAUUGUCGCCUCACUCUGACUGUCUGGUAUGUAGCUCAAAUGAAAUCCGCCUGAUUCAGUGGAGCUGCUACACAGACUGUGAAGGGUCAGUGCUGACAUGUAAACCAGUGGAUGCUUAGUGUGAUUAGAAAUCGACCCCUGUCCAUCAAAUAAACCAGACACUGCCAUGAAUCUGAUUGGGUGGUCAGACCAAUUGACAUGUGGAGAUAAAAUGAUUUGUCAUCUAUUGAGUAGAAAAUGAAUUGGCUUUCAAAUCCAUAUCAGUAUUUUAAUUGUAUCAUUAUGAGUUGAGACUGUCGCCUCUCUCAAUCAUCAUGUGACUCGGCCCUUUUUCAGAUUGGGUUCUGCUCUCCUCUUAUCUUAUAAUACCUUUUGAUCUUUUUUUUUCUCCUUACAUGCCUCGGGGUUUAGUCCUAUCAAAGGUGUACUUGCUUUUCAUUAUGAUUCUCUACCGUGUUCGAAGGGAUGACUUAGACUUUGAGGACAGCAUCACUCAGUAAUAUACAUGUAGUGCGGCUCGCUCUAUCUGUGCGUGCAAGCAUGACAAAUCUGUGUCUAAUCAUGUGGUUGAUGCCUGAAGUGAGUAUAUCUGUUGCAUGGACAAUUUAAUGCAAAAAUGCGCUGGGGCCUGCCUGUAAGAGAGCCACACAUGUUAUUUCUGAACAUAUAGCAACCCUACAGCAGCUUUAGUGUCACGUUGCCAUGGUGUAGUUCUGAGAACCUCACUGAUGCCAUGAUUAUAUGUACUACACUGUAUAAUUUAUUGUAAUAUUGUUUCAUAUGGACAAAUUCAUCAAGUUCAUACCUUGUUUCUUGCUCUUUUGCAGAUAUUUCCAGGAUAUCACACUACACUGGUGAGUACCAGGCAACUCAUAGUAAAAACUAAACUUUCCAUUCUAAAAACAUACAGACCAUACUAACAUACUUAACGCAAUUCAUACCUGGAAGUUUUUCUCUUUAAACUUGCAAUGCAAAGGUUGCUAACACACUUUUAUGAAAUCCAUAUCAAGUUUUGACCAGAAUCGGUGUAAUGUUGUUAUAGUUUUAACCACAUAAUGUAAGAAAAAUAUCUUGUCAUGAGGUACACAGUUCCUUGGUUCUGCUUUAUAGGAAGAAUGGAGGUUGAACUGGAUAAUUUUGUACGCAUAGAUGAGACAUUUUUAUAGCCCUCAGCUCUAGUGUCUCUCCAUGGCUGUUGCUAGGUAACUGUUCAUCCUAUGUUUUCCAUGAGUGUGCUAUAUAUUUGAAGCUGUGCUUGAACUUGUCAUUCCUGAAAAGAGCAGAAACUGAAUUUAUUAAUUGCUGUUAAAUGUUCCAUGGCCCUAAAAUGGGAAGUCCGUGUUAGCAGAGUGAGCUGAGGUUAAAAUUGUGGUAGACUGAAACUGAUAAUGAGGUGAUGACUUCUAACCUUGGUAGAAAAACAUAUAGCACCUGGUGGUCACAUCCUUGAUAAAGUGAACUUCUAUAUGCUCACAUAGGGUUCACACUUUCAUUGGUAGAUUGAUUACUAAACAUAUCAACUAGCCUUGGUUGCGGUUUUGACCCUGGCAUAGGGCUGGGCAAUAAAAUGAUAAUGAUAUAUAUCAAAAAUUAAUUUCCCUCAGUAUCGAUAUGAAACAUGGUCAAUAUGCCUUUCAAUAGCCGGCAUUCUGCCAUGUUUUGGUAGACUACAUGAAUAGCCAGUGAAAAGUGGUGUUGCUCUGGGCCCGCACCGCACUAAACCAAUCAUGUGUAUGUCAUUUUCUAAUUCAGAACCAAGUAGCAAACAACUGCGUAGUAGCAGGCUGCAGCUGCAUGCAACCAUAGCACUUUAACAUGUGUUGCCGACAGCACUGUCGGUGAGAAAAAAUAGAAAAUGAGUGCUACCCCCAACAGAAAUGCAGAUGAAGGCUCAAUAGAUGAUGACAUUGUCGGCAACACUGGCACAAAAUUAUCAAUGGUGUGAAGGUAUUUUGUUUUUUUUGAGGUUGGACAUGAAGCAGAGUGUUGUGCACUGCAAAUGUCGAGUACAUGUUCCCGCCAAGUCAGGGAACACCUUAAAGCAUUUUCACCACCUGAAGCAGCGCCACGCAGCAGAGCACGUGCAAUGCAAAAGGUUGCAAACCCCAAGCAGAGCAAGUGCGGAGCAGCCCAUGGUGCUUGUGCAGCCGACCAUUCAGUCUGCUUUCUCUAGCGCAACGCGUUACGACCAAACGUUGAAGAGACACAAAGACCUCACAGAUGCAGUAGCUUAUUGUAUUGCAAAAGAUGCACUGUUAAAUUUUAUUUGAGAGUAACCAGGAACAUUUAAAACUGACAAAUGAUUCUUUUUAAUAUUGUGAUAUAUAUCGAUAUCGACUGAUAUCAAGAAAAAUAUCCUGAUAAACUUUUUUUCUGUAUCGCCCAGCCCUACCCUGCCAGGGUAGGGCUAGGCUGAAUAGAUAUGGGAAGAUUGAUGGAUGUACUUCAUUGAUUUCAUACAGUGUACUUCAGUGUGCUACUGGAAAGAAGCUGUGAUGUUAAAAUGUGUACAGCUUUCAUUGGCAUUACAGUGCUGAUACAGUGUUUUGGUUUAGCACCAAAUGCAAUUUUUACAUCUUGUUAACAAAUUAAAAGACCAAGGAUACAUCACUGUACUAUUCGAAACACACUGUGUCACCAAAACAAUGAAGUUAUCAUGAUAAACUUUAAAGAUAGUCUUAAUAUUGUGUGUCCUGGUAUUUGAUUAAAAAAAAACAAACAAAAAAAAAACAGUUUGGAACAAAAUACAUUUUUACUUUCACAACAACAGCCCCCCUGUUGUGCUAGAAACUGUGAUUAUACCAAAUGGAAUAAUAGACAUUGUGUAGUGUCAAAGUCUGCAAAGGGAGCAGAGUGUGCAUGGAUGGAUCAACAAAACAUUGAUUCUGAACAUAUGUGACCAUCAUUUUCUUUAUGCAUUCCCUUGAUAAUUCCUGUAGUAUCCUGGUAGUUUCUCUUGCAGCUGUGCCCAAAAUGAUCCCCAAACUUUAACCACAGCUUUUAGAGGCUGAGUGCAGUAGUCAUGCUUUUUUUUGAUACUCAUAUAAAGGGAAAGCUAGCUGUUGGCUACUCUAGAUUGAUCACUGCUUAUUUGGGGGUGCGAUAAAUGCUUAAGCAUUUAUUUAUUUUGAAUUUUCUACUUUUUAGAAGACAUGUUGCAAAAUCAAGAUAUGUUUAAAGCAUAAAGAACGGUAGAUUGGGAUGAGACACAUGAGUCAAUGCUGAUGUGCAUCUUUCAGUUUUUGUUUAUUUCAACCACCCAAAGUUCUUAUUAAAAUUUUGAACUGUGUUAUGAGACAUUGCACAUUACUUAUUGUCUAUGUAAAGUGCAGGCCUUCUGCAGCUGAAUACAUUUACAAUAUAUACUUUACACUAGUGUGUAUCACACAAAACAAUCCCAAUAUAAAUGCCAGUAUUUUGGAGCUGGAAACUUUUCUCGGAAGUUCUCAAGAUCAUUCUGUCCUUUGGCACAUCGUAGAGAUUGAAUUUCAGAGUGCUUUAUUGUCAAUGAGGAGCUGGCAUGCUGCAGGAGCAGGUGAAAUAUGUUAUGGGAGGAGGAGAGGAGAGACAGCCGGCACAGAGUGAGGACAGAGGGCAGCAGAGACCUGCUAGAGGGCAGUAGACACAGAGGAGGAGGGCGCUUGGUGACAAAACAGAAGAAAACCAGUGUUGAAAAGGGGUCAAAGAGUGGAAUGUAUGUUUUCUCGGGUAAACUCUAAUCCUGCUAACACCUUAUGUGUAUGUGCUAGGUUUGUGUGUUCAUGUUGAGUACCUGUUUAUAAAGUCAGCGUGCUGAUUAAGACAGAGCUCCUGUUAUCCGCCCAAUCAGCUCUGCUGCUUCGCACUGCACGAAAUCUUAAUGAUCAUUUUUACUUCUCUUCCUACAUUCUCUCAUCCUCUUCCCAACAAAACACACACGCACGCACGCACAAACUGCGCAUGCACACACCCACAUACAUAUAAACAUCCCCUCCCUCCCUCCCUCCCUUCCCUGUUUGGUUCCAGUCAGUGAAGCAGCUUUCUUGCAGCGUGGUCACAGCAGCCCACUGUACAGGAAAAAAACACACCAGAGGAGAAACAUUUGUUUUAAACAUUCACAAACUUGCUCGGAGUGUUGUUCCCUCAAACCCACGCUCCCUUUGUUUUGCUUGCUCCCCUACAUAAUUUUACACACACAAACACGUACCUGCUAAGCCGUGCAUGCAUAGACACUGUAUAGAACAGCCCCUCUCUGUCCACACAUACUCUCUCACUCUACAGUCUCCUCGGUGCACUCAUUCCACUGCUGAAAGAUUGCGCUAGAUAUACAGUUAGUGUGUGUGUGUGUGUGUUUUGCUGCGGCAGUGUGCGUGUGUGGGGAAGAUGUUGUGAUCUAGCUGCUUUUCGCGCUGCUCCAGAAGGAAGCUUUGAGAAGCCAGACUGAACGACACACAGCUGAUUAAUUUCAAAACAGAUGAGCUACAUUUUUCUCACAUUUCAGCCUUUUUCUCGCUUCGGGCUUCUCUCUCUCUCUCUCUCGCGCUUUUUUCUUUCUUUGGCUCCACCUCUCCCUUCAGGUUUCUGUCACUUUAUGUUGCUGGCUGACAUCAGACACCUGCUCUGACCUGGUUAACUCCUGCGGGCUCAGAGCAUUGUGGGAAAACCACGGAGGAUAUGAGGCUUAGAAUCUCUCUGAGGGUUCCUGACUUUUUUUUAUCAUCUUGCUGUUCUUCCUCUUUUCAUUCAUAAUUUCAGUUCAGUCAUUCUUUUAACUUGAAUUUAUCUUUUUUUUUGCUCUCUAUCCACCUCUCCCUCUCUUGCUCUUCUUUCUCCUUCCUGCCUCGGUCACUUUCAUCUCCCUCACCCUCACUGUGCUCCAUCUCUCGGCGUCCCUCUUUGCCCUACAUUUUUUUUUGUCACUGAUGCAAGAUCUCUUUUUCUUCUUCUUUUCAUCUGGCUUGCCAACUCAGUUGGACAACAGUGUGGAUUUACUGAACAAAUCUGCCACCUUUCUUGGAAAAUAGUGCUUUGAUGUAAUCAUAAGGAGUCCUACUUUGCCAGGAAGGGAUGUUGGAGUUAUUUUUGCAGCCUGGAUGUUUGACGGACAUUGCACCUCAAGAUUUAUGGCUGCAGGGAAGCUGCCUUCCUUGAAUUUCCCAUCAAGGACUUAUUAAUUAGAUCAGCAGCUCCAUACCCGUGACCCAAAUUUAAUAUUUCUUGAGGAUUUAUUGGACUGCAGGACGGCCUAAUGCAAAGAGAAAUGGUCCACCACCAACCGCAGGAGCCAGGCUUCAGUGUCUCUUUUAGGAAGCCUCUAGUCUCCUCAAGUGUCCUGGAGCAACUGUCUUCUCAACCCACAAUAGGUUUGGUCUUCCUACAGUGAAGCAAAAUGAAUGAGUGUCUUUGCACUGAUCAUACAUACCAUAUCAUGUUGCGCAGUAGUAAAGGUAUUUUUCUGGGUUAAAGGUCGUGACAUGUAUUAGACGGAUUGAUUUCUAAGACUCGGACCCCAAGCCAGAUCCUCAAGUCCUGCAGUAAUGUGAUGCAGUCUUGUGAUCAGUGGCUUGGAAAACCGCACCAACUGCUGUACUUCCAUAUAUAUAUAUAUUUUUUUUUUCGUUGGUGUUGAGAUUUGUUGCAGAAGAAGUUCUUACUUCUGUUUUAACUUCAACUUGAACUUGUUCUGCUGGCUGGUCCACCGUGGAUGUGAGAAGCUGAGUCAGACCUCUAUCUCAGCGUUAUUUAAAGGUGAAGUCUUUGGGAGUAUCUGUGUGAGCUGGACUUGGACCCUGAUGAUAGAUGAGUGUAGUGGCUGCUGGAGGAUAAAGUAACAGUCUGGUAUAUUUUCUACCUCCUGUGGGGACUCGUGCUGUGUCAUCAGAUUUUACAGAACAAAGAAUAUUUGACAUUCUCCUUUUUCCUCGUACCCUGCUCUCUGCGUUAUCGGAGUUACUUAAAUCCCUGGGAUACUGGCUCGGAUCGAUUUUCUCUAUUAUGCUUCCUGUUGCCUUGCGAGGGGGAUAAAAGUUACACAAUGGAUACUGUCAUUGCUGUAACCAACUACAGCUGCAGCAAGACUUAGUUUAACCUUUGUUUGGAAACACUGAAGGAUAUCUUUAUUACUGUUUUCUUUAGCUGAAGAGACUUUUAUGCCAGAGAUUUUCCACAUCUGUAAGGAGCCAGAUUAUGAGCCAGUGUUAGUCUGAGGCUCUAUGCUGUUUUGGGGACCGUGCAGUUUUGUCUGGGCCGAGUGGCCAGACCCUGAAAAGCCCCAUCUACAACAAAAUGGAGAGCAGCGGCUGCAUCCCUCUGUGCUGGAGCAAAGGGGCCUGCAUCUACGCACAGCAUCCUCUUCCAAGUAUGUAUUCACAAGCUAAUCAGUAAUAACAUAGCAUGUGCCAGCUGAAUACAGACUUGUGUACUCACAAAUAAAUGGUGUGUUCGCUCCUGUAAUUUUGUUCCUCAUGUCAGCAUUGAGUUUAAUUUAGGAUUUGAAAGUUUUCCUUGUAGACGGUGUGCCUUUUUUCUUCAUUAUCCUCAUCAGUUGUUUACUAUUUCCCACUUCCUUGAAAUCAUUUUGUUGUUCUGCCCAUCACUUUUGUUAGAUUGAUUUAAUCAACUUUAAGUACGGAUGACUUCUGCAUGACAAAGUCUUAAUGAGACGGGGCGAUCAUUGCUCUAUUGUCUGGGUUCUGUCCUCAGAUUUUAUCCUCUCUUUCAGUCAUUUUUAAUGACAGUUGAAGUCAAGUAAGGUUCCUGACUGUAACUUAUUAACAAUUUGCUAUAUCAGCUCGUUUCUAUUUCUAGAGAAUAAAAAGAACAAAUUGCUGCAUGACCAUCUUUCAGACAAAGGAAUAAUACUUUGUUUUGAUUUCCCCAGCAGGUUCAUGUCAAAAUGUCCAAAAACAGUUUAUUAAAAUUAACCAGAAGGUCGAUCCAUAUAGCUUCAUUUCUUCUUUUGAUUGAGCUGCCAGAGCAAAAUGAACAGUUUUGAUUUGAGCCUUUGUCUGAACAACAAAACCUGAGCUGUUAAUUGUUACCUGUAGUAUGCCAGGCUCUCAGUCGUUCUGAGCUGUAAUUUGGUGCAAGUGUAACACUGUGUGGGGAGAUGGGAGAAGAGAGAACACACACAUACAUGUGUACACACUCAGUGCAAGAAAUUUAGUUUGUUUUGUUUACUAAAACAUGGUAUUAUCAUGGAGGUGACAUUGAGACUACUAUUCAACGGUGCUUUGUAUGUGUAUUUCUAGUUUGUGUUGUGUGUAAAGAUUCACAACAGCGCUUUUCCUCUCUCCCAUGGUAUAGAUAAUGCGCAUCCUUGGCAAGAUUGAGGAGAGUGUAGUCGUGGGUGGGGGGGGGGGGGCAGAGGAAAUUGUUUGAGGAUGAGAGAAAGAUGAGAAGGAGGAAGGGAGGGAGAUGGUUCAAUAGGACGGGAGGAUAAAAUGGAGAUGUGAGAUGAGUGGCGGGAAGAGAUGAAGAGGGGAGGAGAAGAAAAGAGGAGCAGAUGAAGGGGGAAAGGACGGAAAGAGAAAGAGGGGUUAAGGAUGUUUGUAAGGAGCAAAAGAAGAAGAUAAAAGAGAAGAUAAAAUGGUGUAAAGACAUGGACAAAUGUGCAGAAUGAACUACUGAAGAAAAGAGGAAAGGAUGCAGAAAAAAAAAGGCUCCCCUAGGAUUGCUCUAACCCCAGUAACCCAGAUACAAGUGAGGCGAGGAGAUAAACUGUCCUUCUGUUGGUACAAUGUGACAGAGCUCCACUCAUGCCCAGUGUGGUUUAACAGGCUGAGUGUCGCUCACUGAACCCCCACUGAGAGAGAGAGGAGCUGGUGGGCCUGGCAGACGCCUGCUCCCCUCCUGGCUGCCUGCAUGGCCUAGUUGAUUUGAUUCCUCUCCUUUUCCUCUAUUCGAGUGUGUGAAGACAUGCAUCAUGUGGGGAUUUAGUGCAGUUAUGCUGCUGAGCAGAAACUGGUGCAGUGAGAAAUGGUGUCAUUUGUCUUGUGUUAUGUAGUGCGCAGUUUCAAGAGGAAUUUAUGUACUGCAAGAUUUUGUAGGAUGUAGUGUUGGGUAGCUUAAGGUUGGAAUUUUGUUUUAAUUUUUUAAAUGUAGCCUUUUAAUGCCUGAUCAAGAAGUGCUUCUUUAGCAGUGUAAAAACCACGAGUCUUAGAAAAUAUUUUAUUUUGUAAACUUUUAUUGACAGAAUUUGUAUUACAGCAUAUGAAUACUUUAACCGUAACUACAAUAAAACAUGAUUUCCUCUGGACAUUGUGUUGAACAAUACAUCAUUAAGUCAUUUUUUGUUUUAAGCUUUGAACAAUACAUAUUAAAUCCGGCCAACUAUAAUACAUAGUUACUGGUAUUAGCAUACAGGCACCCUUUGAGUAACAAUUUUUAGGAUAAAUUCCCCUGAAAAACACGUUCAUCCUGCAUUCCUGUCUGUGUGUGAUAUAACCGCAUUUACAUCACAAAGUAGCGGCUUGCACUCACCAUCUUUAAUAGGAUUUCUUCAAGCUGUUGGUAUGUAGACGAGAAAAACAUGUAUGCAGUUUUGUGUCACUGUGUUUUUUAAGUCAGCGUUCGUAGUUGUGUAUUACAACAUUUCAGUGCUAAAUAAGUAAUAUUCUGAUUGUUGACUGAGAGAGCAGUAGUAGCAGAUGGCUGACUGUGACUCUAGCUCCUCUGGUGCAACUGCUUCUAUUUUAAAAAACGAGCUGCAGUCAAAAUAAUGCCCCCAAUACAUUUUUUAGUGUGGUCCUCUGAGACGAGGCGUGAGGGCUUGAUAUGAACUAAAGAGAGAAGCUGGUAGAACAAGUAAAAGUAGGUGUUGUGCAAUUGUAUCACUAAAUUUGUGCACUCUUGACAGAAUUGAAGAUAAUGCUUUGACUAUCCCCUCUUGUAUACACAGUGCUUCAGAGUUUCCCUUUUAGGUCAAGUUUUUAGAAUAUAUGGCAUUUUUUUGAUUACACAAUAAACAUUAAACUGAAAACCUGAACUCUGACCAGAGCUGUCAGUUCUUUGGGUUUUGAGAUUGAAGUAGUGGGUUUAGUUGUGGGCACAAUGUGAAACUGAAGUGCUCUUUUGGAAUAAUUUAAAAUGUUUUUCAGCAAAUUCAAUUAAGUCAGGAUGAAAACUAACUUCGUAAUUUUAUGUAUGUUUUUCUUUGUAUAAAUAACAGCAAAAAAAAAAAAGUGUGUAGAGUAUAUAAAAGUGAAAUACAAGCCAGCAGCAAAUACUGAUUACAAAUUCAAUGUGUUGUGUAAAAUGCUCUUCAGCAGCAAAAGCACAAGGCCCAUCUGUCAGACAAAACCACACGUAGGUAUUUACUUUUCCAAAAAUCACAAAGCUGUGUUGAAAUUACUGAUGAUACCCUUUUGAAUUCAUCAUGGUUGUUGUUUUCAGUCCUAGACAAGUUGUUGGCAAGGUAACUGGUACACUGAAAUGAUGCUGUGGUGGUCAUAAUGGACUCACAGCAGUGUUGUUCUCUGUUAAAAGCCUCCAUGAUAAUCUAGGAGUACUGUAGCCUCAGUCGUAGCAUUAAUUAGAUGAAUAUUAUAGUACUGUGCAGAGAGGGACAUUUGUAAUCUGAUCUUUUAAAACCCUAAGAAACAUCAUACGCUCUACUGAAAUAUACACUGGGCUACUUUGUCUGCUUUACUAAAAAAAUAUUAACUCCUAGUCGUAGUGUUGUCACAAAUGUUAUCAAAAUUGGCAGAAAUGGGUUAAAAAAAAUAUAUGCACAUCUGCAGAAAUCCAAUAUUGUGCUUUCCUAAGAUUAAUGUUACUAAAAAAUUAGAUAAGGAGGUGGAGGAGGAAGUUUCAGUUUCAAACAAGAACUCCAACAAACAUCACGGCAAAGUUUUUGCUUUAUACCCCCUGAAAGAAUACUAUAUACUAUUGAUACAGCAUUUUGUUAAGAGUGAGUACAGAGUAAAGUAAUCAGAAACAUCAUGUCCUCCUUUACACUUGUGCCGCAGUGAUUGUGCACAUGCACACACAGGCGUGGGUUUCUCUGUCUUUCUUUGAAGAGGUAACUGUCGGUCAAACCCUGGAAAGCGCUGAGCCAACUUUCCCUGCUUCGGUCUCCAUAUUCCCAAUUCUCUGGUUUCCUCUGUUCUCUAUCAGUAUCCCACUGUGGCCUGAAUGCAACACAGAAUGCGAAUGCCGAAUGCAGUGACAUAUACUUACUUCGGCUUGUUACUGGCAGCGAAUCACAGAGCGUAAAAACACGGCAUGAUUGCUGAAUUUAUCUCCAUAUCAACUGGAUUACAUUAGAAGUCAUCUAGAAAGGUAAUUAGAUCUUAUCUGAGCGCUAAAUAUUGUGUUAGAUGAUGGGGAAGAUCACCGUUUUUGUAUUUAAUUGUACAUGAAAUCCCCAGUUAUAAACCAUACAUACAUUCAGCAAGCCAUACUUUUAUCCUUUUGUCACCCCAUAACAGCCAGAUUUUACAGUCAGCUAAAACGACUUACUGAAGCAAGAAUAACUCCGCAAAGCCUUUAGGGGUAGCCAGGGUUUGACAGCGUGACACAAGAGGCAGUGGAGAGAGUGUGUCUGGCAUAAGAAUAAGAUGUGCUGAGAUGAGCUGACAGUAAAAAAACACAACAUCAAAGAGAGUGAACAGGUGAAAGAGGAGACCUAAGGCGAAGAUGUGAGGAACAGCAUGGUUUGUGUUUGAGUUUGCUUGAGUCUGGUAGUUAACACAGGAUUGCCCUGUGAAGCACAGUAGUGGAAACAUUGCUACUGUAACCUCAUACUGUGAAACAAAGUAAACACGGAGCGAGCUAUUUUUUUUUUUUUUUUCACCUGCAGUCAGAUUUUUAUUUAUUUAUUUAUUUUCGCUUCUCGUGAUCUGUGGUUUAUUUGUGAGCUCAUUAUCAAAAAGUUUCAUUUGUUGUUUAGGCUACCAUGCAACUGCAGCCUCUACCGUGGACAUCAGUUUGUGCGUGACAUUUUUCCAGUCUCCCAGCAGCAGACCUCGGUGUGUCAGAGUUUGCUAGCACCAGAUUUGGAGCUGCAGAUUUGCAUUGAUGCAGCUGGUUGUAAUAAUGCAAAUAAUACUCCUGGUAUGGGGCUUGGUCCUGCUUGUCAUAUAUUUAUCACAUGACUAGACAGGUUUGCUACAUACUUUUUCAGCUGGCUGUUAAUGUCAGUGAUUUACAGGACUGAGUGUUUGGUUAAGUAAGUGUCUGGUUGUCCAGUUUGUCCACAGUGUUUCCUUUACUGGCUGAGAAUCUGUCCAUGUAAAAUCAUCUGGUGAAUGCAAAGCUGCUUUUACAUUGGCUCUUUAGAAUGAGUGUGUAUGAAGUAACAUAAAAAUGUUUAUAACAUGUCUUUAUGAUUAACAGUGUAGCCUCUGUUUGUUGUCUUCAAACAUCCAGAUUGUCAUCUUGAAUGACGUUGGUUAGUUGGGGGCUCUUAAAGUUGGUGUUUUACUCUUUUGCUCCCAGUCUGCCAUGUGUUUGAAGAAUUUGUACAACAGUUUUUUUUAACUUACCCUUAUCCCACAUUUUACAGAGGCUGACUUUCAUUAACCUUCACUUUUAAUGGUUAGUUUUUACAAAGUCAGAUCACGUAACGUCUUUCUGUCUGUUUCCUCCUCUCUUUUCAGAAUAUGACAGCCAGUUAGCCCCAGCUGCAGCGUCGGAGUCAGGCAUGGCAUCGUCUUCCUACUUGGAGCCCAACCACAAUCACUCGGCAACGGGUGGUUGUGGGGUCAAAUCCCGCUCUGGGAUGUCUGGUGGUACCAGUGUUGGUACCAGCGGCUCUGCAGGGGGUCUUGAGCGGCCUCCUGGCUCCAUGGAUCGGGUCCUGAAAAUCUUCCAUUAUUUUGAGACAAACAGCGAACCCUGCACCUGGGCUAGUAAUAUUAGACAUGGGGAUGCCACUGAUGUCAGGGUAAGACACACAACCAUUUCCAGACUUCCAGGCUCCUUGGUCACCGUCUCCCUGAUUUCCACUUCCUUCUUUGUUGUCUCCACAGGGUGUGAUCCAAAAGAUAGCAGAGAUUCACAAAUUGCGCUGUGUGUCGUCUCUUGGCCUCCGUUUGACCCACCUGCACUCUGAUGCACUUCAUUGGUUACACCCUGAUUUGGGCGUUUCUCAUGUCAGGGAGAAAUAUGAGAAACAGCACCCCCAGGAGGAGUGGAGGUAGAGUUACAACAUGAUUGAAUGUUUAACACUAACUCAUUAUCAAAAAGAUGUUUUUCCUUUUCUCAUGAGAGGUACGGGAGAUUGAAGGGCUUGUUUUUUUUUUUUUUUUUUUUUUUUGCAUUACCUUUGUCUAUAGUAUAGACACAUAGCUGCUGGUGAUACUUACUGGACAACACAAACCCAGUACCGUGCUGAUAUUAAACAGCAGGUCUGUUACCAAAAAAUCCCCUUAGAGGGGAGUAAAGGAUGGAUUGGUUCCACAAAUAUGUCACUCUAUAAGAGCUCCAUUUGACCAUACAUAUACUACUCUUAAUAGAUGUGUCAAACGUAUUUUGGUCAGCCUAAGUUGUUAGCAGUAGCUCGUGCCGCUCCUAACAUAUUCCCAAUAAAACAGUUUAAAUUAGAUUAAACAACUGACCUUAAAUACACUCAAGCACUACAGCAUAAAAGUGGUACAAUUUGUCUUCAGUAUUUGACAUGUGUUGCCCCUUGAGUUAAAAAAGUACUCAUGCAAUAUGUGCCCUCAUUCAUCCAUGUUUCCCAGUUGUAUUUACAGAGAAAUAAAUUACUCGAACAGUUGGAGUUUAUUUAACCUAAACUGGUCAAUCUCACAUCAUUACAUGUGCAUGACUUGAAUGCAAUGGCUUGUUUGUGCAGACCCCAUUUGUUGCCUUUUUAAUGCUUUAAUUUAAAGAGCCUCAUUCAUCUGCUGUGUUCGUCUCAUUUAUCUGUGUUGUUUGAAAGACCCGCUGUCCCUUUUUAGCCUAACUCAAACUUUGCUGGCUUUUAGCCAUCUGCUGUCCAUAUUGUUAACGGCUCCUCUUACAAUUUAGCCCAUUGUCCUACUGUUGAUGUGUUACACCCAAAGCCAUUAAAAUUGAAAUGAAUUCAAACAGAGAGGCUUGUUCACACCGCUAACAUGCUGUGCAGCCCCGCCAGUUGUUGCAGCUCUGUCUCGGAGGGCUGCAGAGCUGCAAGCCCACAGGAGCUUCUGCUGCUGCCAAGCUAUUGUUAGAACGGCAGAAGUAGCCCAGGGGAUGAACUGACUCUAUCUCACUCCUCUCACGCUCCCUCGCGUGUUUUCUCUCAUUCUGUCUCGUUCGCUCGCAGUUGCUCCUUUUUACUUUGAUCUUUCUCUCCAUCCUUCCCUCUCUUCAUCUCUCACAUCUGUGCUCUCUUUCUUACCCAGCUCUCUUCUCUCUCAAACAUGCAUCCUUUGCUCUCUUCUCACACUCUGUUUUUUUGCGUCAUUCAUUAUAGAACGAGGAUGUUUUAUUCAUUGAAUCUUUUGAUUUUCCUUUGUUGCCUAACUACAGGCCUGUAGCAUUAUGGCAGCAUGAGCUUCACUACUCUGAUGACCCAUUUCUCUCAACUACGGUCACAGCAAUAUGUCAGUCAUAAAGUAAUAUGUCACCGUAAACAAUGAUGGCCCAUCUGGGGACGACUGUGUCACAGCUGACUGUAAAUUGUAAUAGCAGGAAUCUCAUUAUACUUGAUGAUAGGACAAGGUUAUCACUUUCAGUAAGUUCACUGUCAGCAAAAAAACAAAAGCCCAUCCUACUGAGCCACCAGGCAAUAAUGAGGAGAAAAGAGCAUCUUUCAGCCUCAAGACUUUGUUUCAACACAGGAGGUGUUGGCGAACAGCCACCCUGCUGAGGUGACUUUGGGCAAGACGUAAAAUCUUCUGCUGCAUGAGGGUUGUUGUUAAGCCAACAUGUACGCAAAGCUGCCUGUAAGGGUAGAAGAGAAGUGAAGAAAAUAAUGCAAGAAAUGUGUCAAAGUUGACUGUGUCUGCAAGACCCAACUAUUACCUACUUAUUACUCAUAAGUGCCUAUUCAUUAUUUUGGUAACUUUUAUUGCUGUAAGCGUUUUUAGUAUAUUUCCAGUAAUUCACUUUGCAGAAACUGACAAAUGUUUGUGUUAUAGUAUUAUUUUUCAGUGAGUUUCACUCAAAAAUCUUGACCAGAUACUGUUUGUUUUCCAGCUCUUAAACACUAAACAGGCAGUCUCACGUCUUCUUAAAGUACAAGUUUUCUCUCAUCUAUUCACUUGUUACCAUGAGAUGAAUUUACAAAGCUUUUGAAAACUGAUGUUGAAAAGGAAACAUCUUAAAGUGUAGCACACCUCCAUCUCUGUAAAAAAAAGUGCUUGUUUGUUAUAACCAAAGACAUCUAACUUCAACUCUGAGAUAGUCUUGCUUUUUACUUCAGUGAAUCUCUAGAUUCGCCAUAUUGGGGGGCUUUGAAAUGCAUCAAGCUCUGUUUGUGUCAGAUAUGUGUAUGAGUAAGCAUGCUUGUCAUGUCUGUGCAUCAGACAGGCUGAAUAUUUGGAAGCUGAAGGUUAUUUCUUUCCCUGUGUGGGUGCAGACUCUGCUGUUAUCUAGCCAAACGGUUUAAUGUCAUCCUCAGGUAUGAGCUGCGGAUGCGGUACCUUCCUAAAGGUUACCUUAGCCAUUUCUCUGAAGACAAACCUUCUCUCAACUACCUCUAUCACCAGGUGAGAAAACACGACACGAUCAGCUAAAAAGUGCAAAAAGAAAUCUCUUCUGCUAGUGUGAUAAUGCUCAAUAAAUUUGAUUAACUUUGUAUUUUGUUAUUUUUUUAACCUCUUCUUAUUUGUUUUAUUUGCUUUUUCACUUCUGCUCUGUCACUAAAACUGAAAAUUGACGUGUCAUUCUGGUGUUUUGGGAUUAUCAUACAACAAAGCACAUUUGCUUUAUUGUCAAACUACCUUAAAGCAGCAUUGGUGUAAAAAAUGUUUUGUUGUCACACUCUGUUUCUCCAGGUAAAAAGUGACUACAUGCACCAUAUAGCUGAUCAGGUGGAUCAAGAUGUUGCUUUGAAGCUGGGCUGUUUGGAAAUCAGGUAAGAAAGACACAUACAACAGUUUUUACCACACAUCUGUGACAAAAUUAAAAAAGAUAAUCACAUCCUCUAAUGUUUUCUUAACUGUAUCUUCUUCUGUUGGGGAAUUUUGUAGGAGGUUCUUCAGAGAGAUGCCAGGAAAUGCCCUGGACAAGAAAUCUAAUUAUGAACUACUAGAGUAAGAGAGAUUUGUUUUCGUCCCCAUUAUUCUGCUGUUUAUUUGUGUUGAAGGUAUUUGACUAGUAAAUGUUGUGUUCAUGUCAUUUUUAGAAAAGACGUUGGUUUGAGAAGGUUCUUCCCAAAAAGCCUGCUGGACUCCUUAAAGGUGGGUCUAAACCACUGUUAAUGUAGAAACAGAAAAUCUGAUCUCACAGGCUAAAAGUCUCAUUCAUGUUCUGCCCCAGCAUAACAGAGGUGGAAGGAAGUGACUUUGGGAAUCCUUGUCUCAUUCGGUCGGAUAGAUUUGACUCAGCCAUCAACUGAACGUCUGGCAGACCGAUUGAUGACAAAAUAGAUUUCUAGCUAAUUACCUGAUGAUCUCAUUGACUGGGAUUAAAUCAAUCCUCCUGUUGUCACUCACAAAAGGCCUUAUCAGUUGUCCUCCUAAGCUGUUGGCUCGAACCCAGACAGACUAAACCCCGUAAAUGUCUUUUUUUCCUCUCCGUGACAACCUGACAGGCAAAGACUCUCCGUAAGCAGAUCCAGCAGACGUUUAAGCAGUUUGCAAACCUCAAUGAUGAGCAAAGCAUCCACAAGUUCUUUGAGAUCCUUUCACCCAUCUACCGCUUCGACAAGGAGUGCUUCAAAUGUGCUCUGGGGGUAGGUUAAUGUCGAUGAAAUAUGAUGCAUCUAAAACUAAAUGGUGGACUUUAUUUCAGACAUUUUUAUAAACCAGGAGGAUAUGAGAGUUGAGUCUAUUUAGCAUUGCCAUAAGGAGUGGAUCGUAGUCUUAAAUUUAGUUGGCGUGCCAGAACUAGACAAGGCAAUUAAAGUAUUCAGCAUUUGUUCCACUGGCAUACUAAAUAUCAUCAGUAUUUUUAUAAUCUUGCUUUGCAUUAGCUGUCAGCUACAAAAUGUAAACCUUCCUCUAUCCCAGAGAGCGUGUCGUGUAGAAAAAAAGAAUAAAACAGAUGAGUGGUUACAUGAUUUCAAUAUUUUAUUUCUGCUAGUAUGAUGUAUAGCUAAUAGAGCGGGCUGAUUUGAUGAAGUGUGACAUGUUGUUCCUCUCUCUUUCUUUCUGCUUCAGUCUAGCUGGGUAAUAUCAGUGGAGUUAGCUAUUGGUCCAGAGGAAGGAAUCAGCUACCUCACAGAUAAGGGCUCAACGGUGAGUAUGCAUGCAAGCAACUCAUACAUCAGAUUGAGCUUUGUAGCCAAUGACAGAUCCGCUGUUUCACAUUUCUGUUACUUAAAAUUAUUGCCUGAUCAAUACAUCUAUUCUUACAAACAGUUAUCAUUAUUUUGAGUGUGUGCUUUAGGCUGAUUAUUUAAACGGUUCAAUGUCAACCCACUCUGCUGCUAUCCACUGGUUUACUUUUUGGCAAGUUUUUCUGUCACAAGUUGAAAUGGUUGCUGAAAUGUCAGCGUGCAUGUGGUCUGUUAUUAUAAAGCAGAUAUGUGCCGGACGAAGGCACGUUCCCGAUAAUAUGAUCAAAGCAUAGCAGCCACAGGGCUUCAUAUGAGUUAUGAAAUUUUAACUUAAUGAGACAGGCUGCCUGUCAAAAUGUCAAUAAUCAAUUCAAUUAGUUGAUCUUUGCAAAUAAUAAAUGAAUCAAACUUUGCCCUGUAUCCUUCCCUCAUAAACUUAAUGACUUUGGUUGUUGUGUUUAGUACUCAAAAGGUGUGGCUACUGUGGUUGUAGAUGUUAUAAGAAGAGACAUGUAAUUAUUCAAUUAGAGUAAUUGUAAUAACAGAACAGUUUACAGAACAAUUUAACCUUGUGUAUUCUUUCUUGGACAACAUACAAAGUCUUCUGAGAAGAUAAUAUCCAUUGAGCAGAGUAGAGGAAGGUGCUGUCAUUGUUUUGUGUAAUUAUAUGUAAUUUUGACCUUUCAGUGUCUAUCUUUGUUUUUUUUGCAGCCUACACACUUAGCCAACUUUAACCAGGUUCAGUCCAUUCAGUAUUCCCCAUUAGAAGAGAAGGACAGGAAAGGCAUGCUGCAGCUCAAUGUGGCAGGAGCCCCUGAGGUGAAAACAUACACACACACACACACACACACACACACACACACACACACACACACACACACACACAGACUUUUUCACUGUUUCCUUCUCGAAUAAAAUUAUAGACCAAUAUAAUAUCAACAAUUGCGUUUUGUUUGAUUGUUAGAUGUUCUGUUUCAUUUGCAUGUUCACAGUUAACCAUAGAUUUACAAGAGUUCAGACAUUUUUACAGUCUGGUCCCUUUAAUUUUGCCUUAUUCUAAAACUAAGUGCAUUUGAUAGCCAUAACUACAAUUUUGCUUCAUAUUUGUUGGCUCGUAAAAUUUACAAUCAUAAAGCAAAUCUGUAGGAGAAAGAGGAUAUGAUGUCAGGGAAUGGGGCAAGCAACACAUGGGAGGGUGGAGGCUUGUGUAGCCAUCUGUACUUGAGUUUCAGUUUGUGUGUCUGUUCAGAGUGGGUGUGUAUGCUUGCAGCAGGCCUUACUACUGGAAAAGCAUGUGUGCAUCAGUGUGAGAGUGAGUGUGUGUGUGUGUGUGUGUGUGCCCGUGUAGAAGACAUUUCCCUAAUAAAGCUGUCAUUGUGUCACUCUGAAGAAAGUCUCUGUCCUACUCUUACACCCAUCCUUGUGUGUAUAUGUGCGUGCGUGUGUGUGCAGCCCCUCACUGUCACCACGGCAUCGCUGACAACGGCAGAAAACAUGGCUGACUUGAUUGACGGUUACUGCCGACUUGUCUCCUCAGCUACCCACUCUUUCAUUGUCAGAGUCCACAAAGGUAAGACAAACAGCUGCAAGAUGUUGAUAUCAGGGUUGUAUUCACUGGCAUUAUUAUGCCAUGGUUGCUCCAGUUAUGGUGCAGUUUAUAUGUUUUGUUUAGAUUGAAACCGUUACUCAAAGCAAAGAAUGAUCUCACAGUAUGAAAGUUGCCAUCAGCCUCUUUCAUACACUAGUCAAGUCUGAUUGUGGCUGUUGAAGCUGUCACACUAAAUCACCAGCCUGUCAGUGUAAAACUAGUCUUUUCUAAAAAUAACAAUAGCCACAAAGAAAUGGUUUACAGUGAUGUGGUGCUAACAUGAUGUGGCACCAGUCUGUUAUGUGUCUGGUUUAUGUGUUCAUUUUGUCUCUGCAGAGGGUGACAGAGCUCUGCCUUCCAUCCCCAAGUAAGUCAUCAGUUGUCUUUUUGAUUUAUUUGUUCAUCAAGAAAAAAAAGCGUUAAUUAUCUGUAAGACACAAAAGUGGUGUAGGCUGCUUGUAAUAAUGCAUUACAGCGUGACUUUUUGAAUCAAAACUUGAGUGGAAGUUUCUGCUGACAGAAGAAGUUUGAAUAUUAGUUAGUGGCUGUAGCAAAGAGUAAAUUCUUGAUGUGAAAGCCCUGAAAAAGCUUAUGUUGUUAAAGUGUCAAUUUGCUCAAGUUAUAGACAGCCUUUUGGUGUUUUUAGUGCUACAAUGUUUGACACUAUAAGACAGCACAUGACAGGAUGUGUGGCUUCCAUUCCUCUGCCUGUGCACUACUUAUCUCCAGAGCUGAUAAUGGGAGCUCAUGCAAAACAGGCUGGUCUAGCUUAAUGUGAGCCAAGAGUGAUUUUCUCAUCUCUUGUCCAGAGUUUCAAAUCAUGAGAGGCGAAUGGAAAAACGGAUGGACGGAGUACGAACCAGAGCUGUCUGUGUCUCAGGUAUAAAUUUCUGUCACUUUUUUUUCUCUCAGUUUUCCUGCCUCUUCUCUAUGUGUCUGCCUCUCAGUCUGCUGCUGUGAAUGUCAUGAAUGACAGAGACUGCUGUGAGUUAGAUAAAGGGUGCAUAGAUAUGUGUGUGCGAACCCUCUUUCCCCUAUAAAGCCUCAUCUGUGUGUGCAGUGAAGAGUCCUUGUCUCGCCAGAUGUCCCCAUGGAGAGCUUUAGUCACUCUGUCCUGACAGUCUACUGACCUCUGACUAACUCACAGCCAGGCUGAACUUAAUGAAAACUACUCUGAAUAUAGUGUUAGUUCAAUAAAAUCCUUUGCCUUUAUUUAUUUAACGAGUCCAACUAACUCUCCUUGUCUCCUUCUGUGCGUUUGUUUCAUGCUGCAUGUGGCUCCUGCAGGUCACACUAGUGGCGAUGGUAAACAACAUUCUUUCUCUUAACCCUCCUGAAUUAGUAACUCAGUGGUAUUCCUGCUCUGUGUGUCUACAUUUAGAGAUACUGUAUGUGUGUACACUAUCACCAUUUCAGCCUGAUCCAUGACUCAACCUGUUUUUCUUCUACUUGUUUCUGUGGAAAGAACAAACCUUUCCAUCCCUCCCCUUCCUCUCUCUCUCUCUCUCUCUCUCCUCUCUCUCUUUCUCUCUCUCUCUAUCGUACUCUUCUGCCCUACAUUUCUCAUGUGCUGCUGUUUUAUUGUACAUGAAAAUUUAAAGUGGGGUGCAUGUACUUGGAGUCGGGUAUGGUGACUGGUUUUUGGAAAGGUACUCCUGUUUGAUGAUUUGUUUCUGUUAUUGUUGGCGUUUUCACUCUUGUUGUCUGUGUAGGGGUGCUCUGAUUUCUUUUUACGUUGCAUGCAGUGAUUUUAGUCAUUUACAGUGCUCUUAUACCAGGAAAUGUUUUAGUUUCAGUUCAUGCUGGUACUUGUUCUGUUCAUAACCGAGCUUUAGGUGACUAUUGGGUCAGCUUGAAUUUUUACAGGUCUCUCUGGAAGUUUCCAGACUUGAGCUACUUGUCCAAUCUUUUUCUGUGUGUUGUCAAUAUUACUGAAAACUUAAUGUUUCUUUGCUUUCUCUUUUCUUUCCUACAUUGCGUUUGCUCUGAAGAAACAGACGACUACGCUGAGAUCAUAGAUGAGGAGGACACCUAUACCAUGCCUUCAAGUAGGUAGACACCCUGAAAUUUAUGAACAUUACUGACAGCUGAUAUGAAAGGUGGGCAGAUGGAGGGACACAGGUGUUUUGUGCAAAGGCUUAAAAGAUUUGUGUAGUACACUGUGGGAGUAAUUGUUCAUAAGGGCUCUGACAAGACAAUCUGCAGGCUUAUGGAGCGAGGAUUAAAGACCAUUAGGAGGCAUGAAUGUGUGUAUGAUGCUGUAAAUAAUAUUCCUGUGUCUCUGUGUUAAUUGAGUUGUUUUAGGUUUAGAUGAGGAGAGUCUUAAACCAUAAAAGAUUGUAAAUUCUCUUUUAAUUGCCAUCAUUUGUCUUGGUCCUAUCUUGUGAAUAUUUUUACAAAGGCAGCGAGCUAGCAGUUCUCCUCCCAAAGUAGAUAAUAGUAAAUCAUAUUUAAGUCACCUUGGAGACAGAUGAUAUUGUCAUUUCUGACAUCAAUUUAGAGGUUAACGCAAUAAUUCUCAGAAAAUCAGACUGAGCAUCAAGUGUUUCAGGUUAUCACUUUUCACCAUAGCGUACCUAAAGAUUUAACACUUGGAGCCUGAUUAGAUGUCAAUUCAGAUUUCAGCUGUAGAUUAUUUCUUUCUAGAGCAGUGGUUCUCAAGUCCAGUCCUUGAGGCCCCCUGUCCUGCAUGUUUUGGACGUUUCCCUGCUCCAACACACCUGAUUCAAAUGAUCAGCUCGUUAUCAAGCCAUUACAGAGCUUGAUAAAGUGCUGAUCAUUUGAAUCAGGUGUGUUGGAGCAGGGAAACAUCCAAAACAUGCAGGACAGUGGGCCCCGAGGACUAAACUUGAGAACCACUGUUCUAGAAUAUUCAAUGAAGAAUAAGUGGUAAAAUAAUGAUAGAGGUUUUUUGAGUGCCUUGUGUCUACUGCUGUCACAUGCAGUAGUUUUAUAUAAAAGGGGGAACCUCUUAAACCACGUCAUACUGUCUGUUUAUUAAUAGACCUCGGAUCUAUAUUUGUUAUAAUGAGCUGUCACAAGAUUCAAUAGUAAUAGGAGCUUCCUCAUUCUGCCUUUUCACACUAAUUUGCAAGUGUUUUCAUUAAAGUAAACAUUUGUCAAAUGGCUUUGUAUCAUGUUAAUUACUAUUCAAACUACAAGUGUCCUUGACAAAUGAAUGAAAGUGGAGGCUAAACGUGUCUCAGUUGCUGCCGUUCACCAGGAUUAAGACUGCUGUCCAUAUUAAGCUCAUUGCAGCCUGAAAUGCUACACAGGCAGCAUUUGAAGGCAGUAAAGAUGGGUAAUUUCACCAUAACAUACUAUGUUUGGAAACGGCGUGCAGAUUUAAGCAGAGGAUUCUUUUCCUGACAUAAUUACCCAUUUAAAGCACCUCAAAAUGUCGCCUAGGUAUUCUACACACAAACUGUGUCAUGCAAACACAUUUCAACUUGGCUUUGCUUUCUGACCAUUCAUGAAUAAUGCAGUUUAGCUUAAAGGUGUAAAGACACAAACACACACAGAAGAAAAAGAGCAAGAGAGCCAAAUAUCAGAAAUAAAAACACCAUAACCUCAACUGUCUCGCAUUGCAUGUAAAAUCUUGUUUGAUAACACUACUCUUUUCUAAUUCAAAUGACUUCAACUUAAUUUCUAGCUGUUAAUGUCUGACACACAAGCUAAGAAUACAUUGAUGUAAAUUUACCAGUUUUUCAUAUCUGGAUUUGGCAGCUCCAGGAUUUGUUGUAGUUUUUAGUCCUGGUCUAUGGUCACACCAAUAAAGCAAGGAUUAAUUUAUUCUUUAAGUUGCAUUGUAAGCACUUUAUACAUAAUGUCAAGCUGUGUGGAGUUGACCAAUUGUGUGUGUGAGUUCAAUAAAAAAAUAACUUUGCUUAAAUUAACUAAAGUAUUUUAACAGUGUUUUGCAGUUUUUAUACUUAGUUCUUAUGUAAAGUACUUAUAACUUAUCUGCAUCAUAGCCCCACCUACUGAACAGAAAAUAAUGUCAACAAUGAGAAAUAAAGAUACAGAACUACUGUACUCACAGUUAGUUAUUUCUGUCUCCCAUCACUAACUCGUUUUCCCAGAAUACUAUGGACUAGAUCAAGGUAAUAACUGGAAUGUACCAUGAGUCUGGAUGUUUUGUUAUGGCAGUUUGAUUUGGUUGUUGUUGUGACCCUUAUUUUAUGUUUGCCUGCAACUUUAAGAUGAAAUAUUUCUGUUUCUGUACGGUGGUGAUUUGACCCCCUUUCUCUUGAUGUCCAAUGUACUGUCAGUUCCAAGCAGUUUAAUGAAAGGUUCAAAACAGAAUCCUAGUAAUAAAUCAAGGAUUACCUGUAUAGAAUAGGCGUUUUGAACAAAAAGCAGGAUUGUAAGAUGGAUACUCCUGAAGCUUUUGAAAUCAUUUUCCUGCACAGGGACAAAGCUUGAGAAAUCUUUUGGUGCAUUGAUUCCAGCGUAUUCCUAUUUACAACUGUGGCCUGGAGCAGGAAGUACAGCUAAACCUGAAGGUUUAAAUAGAUCCACACAGUAUAUAUAUAUACUGUAACAUUUUAAACUCAGACCACUAACAAACAGUGUUGUGCCACUCUAUUGUUUAACUAUAAUGAUUGACUUCAGGUUACACAGACAGCAUUUAUAGGCAAAGCAUUAAUUAUGGUCAAUCAUACAUUUUUGUAACUGUAUGCUGCAGCCCAUUCUCUGCAUUUAGUUCUUUUGCCCAGUAUAUUUUUUCUUAAGUUGGCAUACAUGUUAUAAACAUGUUUUAUGGACAUUUCACCAAGUCAGAGAUUUACAAUUCCCAUAAUCCCCUUUGCUAUUUUCUUAUGCUGAUUACAUGGACAAAGUCAGGUCAACAGUUUGAUGCCUGCCAGGCAAAGCAAACCAUCAGCUUCUCAACAGCCAGUAAUUCAAAGAGUGUUUGAAAUCAUAACAUAUAACAAAAAAGUGUUCUUACGCACCCAACAAUAACGACACAAAUUUAUAAUCAACAUUAGAAAUCUUUUUGGACCAAGCUUUUGAGCUCUGAAUUGUUGUCAGUCACGUCUCAUUUUGUACAAUCCACCUGACUUUAUCCAUAAAACAUUAAAUGUAAUGUGGAAAUUCAUGUUUAGAGGUACACUGUCAUUGGCUGUUGUUUGUCUAUGUUACAUGGCAUGUCUGGCUGUGGUUUGCUAAUGCUGCAUGCUGUUGACAUCGAGUUAUACUGAUUGCCAUUAAACUAAUCUUGUGCGAGUCUGUGGGUGCAUUAACUGUAUUAAUCUUGGAAAUUAGGAUAAUCAAAUCAGUAGACUUUGUUCAGUUUCAGAUUACUUCCAGCAAACAUGGCACUAACUAUAGUUGCUCAUACAGUGCCCUGAAGUUCUUAACUUCUCCUGUGAUCAAAGGCAGUUUCAAUAAACUCUGCAAACCCACAAGCACUCUUACAAGCUUGGUUGAUGCCAUCGUUGAGAAAGAAGUUUUUGUGUUAUAUCUCAAUUUCUACUUCCUUUUGUUCUUGUUUGUGUGUCCAUAUCUGUGUCUGUGUGUUUAUGUAUAUGUUUAUUGUGUAUCUAGCGCGGGACUAUGAAAUUCAGCGAGAUCGUAUUGAGUUGGGACGCUGCAUAGGCGAGGGCCAGUUUGGAGACGUUCAUCAAGGAGUCUACAUCAGCCCGGUAUGAGAUCUCUUUCUCUCUGAGGUUCUCUUUUAACACUUCUCCCGCCUUUAGAUCUCAAUUACCUGAUUACUACAGUCAGGUAUCUUUUGUCUGAACUCAUCUCACAACAGUUGUAUAAUGGUAAAGAAAUGAAAUAUUCUCAAUCUAAUUGAUUGGAUUUUUGGUUGAUAUGCUGAAUGUAGAUGCUUGAAUGUAGAUGCUGUUGUGUUUGUGGUAAUAAAUUUAUUCUAAUUUUAUUACUACUUCUUUCCUCCUUCUAUUAGUAUUUGUAUUUUCAAGAGCAAGUAUAAUGACCCAAUUCACUCCAGGAUAGAUAAAGUAUUCUGAUUCUGAAUCUGAUACUGAUGACCUUUUCUGGGAUUUGUUUCUUGUAGGAGAACCCAGCGCUUUCUGUGGCAGUAAAGACAUGUAAGAACUCCACAUCAGACAGCGUCAGGGAAAAGUUUCUCCAAGAAGCAUGUGAGUACCUGUUCUGGGUUUCCCAGAUGUUACCUGCCAACACUUAUUCUCUUCAUCUGCUGAAAAAAACGCACAUUCAGCAAAGAAAAUUUCGCAAGCUGCCCUUGAACUGACCUUUUCUGUCUCUGCAGUGACAAUGCGUCAGUUUGACCACCCUCACAUUGUGAAGCUGAUGGGAGUCAUCACUGAGAAUCCAGUUUGGAUCAUCAUGGAGCUCUGCACACUUGGAGAGGUAGGACAUCGAGAAGAUAAUGUUGAAUGCUUGACAGUGCCUUGGAAGCUUACAUGGAUUUAUGCAUGUGUGAAAAAGCUUGUCAUCACCUGUAUGAGAUGUGAAAAUGUGCAUAAAUAUAUGACAACAGGGGUUCAGGUCACCACAGUGAGAUGUGACAUUUUGCAUUGUGAAAGCCAACAUUGCCCACUGCUCUGUUUGUUUAGAAGUCAUAUGACUCAGAUUUAAAAAUUAACAUCUGCUGUACAAAUGCUGUUUACUUUUUUAAUGAUUUUAAGUUACUUUGGCAGGGAUUCAAAAGCCUACUUUGCAUGAGUAAGGAAUUUUGAGCUCUGUUAAAUAGGAUUAAAAAUCACAAAAUGAGGACAAAAAUGAAAUAAUUGUGUUAUAGAUUUUUUUCCCUGUAUAAAUGGAGAAAGUUAAACAAGGAUUUCCACACAGAUGAACAUGGCUUUCACUUUGGUUUUCUCUGUACACACAUUUUCUGAGGCAUAUCUCAACUCAUGCACACCAUAUUUAGAGUGGUAGACCACUCAAUGGCCACUCAACUAUCAAAGUUAAGUGUACCCGCAUGACUUGUUGUUGGCUAAACACUCCAUGUUUUAUGCAAUUUUAAAAAACAACUAUAUUGCCACUCUUUGCUCAGAGUUUUUGACACAGUACCUCAAUAUCUCUCGAUCUUGUUUUUUUUGUCUGGCUCAUAUUGACUCUCUCAUUUACUUUUUUCUUUAUUUUGUCCUACCCUUUCCCCUUUAUUAUCUAUUGUAUGGUCAAAAUGAUCACUUUUCUCAUGUUUCCUUUGUUUGAGAUUAUUUUUUUCCCCUCUCCACAGUUGCGGUCAUUUCUCCAGGUGAGGAAGUACAGUUUGGACUUGGCCACUCUCAUCUUGUACUCAUAUCAGCUCAGCACAGCACUGGCAUAUCUGGAGAGCAAGAGAUUCGUACACAGGUAUGCAUAACAAAACAUAAAAAUGCUUUAAUUUUAUUUCAAUAUUCAAACAAUGGGAGUUAUAAAUUAUCUCCACACAGACAGAUAAAUGUGAAAGCUUCUUAAACUUCUUUUCAUUUUGAUGUUUUAUCUUCGUCAGGGAUAUUGCAGCAAGGAACGUGUUGGUGUCUACAGUGGACUGUGUGAAGCUUGGGGAUUUUGGUUUGUCACGCUAUAUGGAAGAUAGUUCUUAUUACAAAGGUAGAUAUUACACCUCUGUGCCUGCUAAGUGUUAUUGUACACUAAUUUCCCCCUAAUAACCACAUUUUUUCUGAAAAAACACAAGAAAGAAAAGAUUUUUUUUUCACUCAUAGGACUGACAUUUAGUCCACCUGAUUUCUGUUAUUUUCAGCAUCUAAAGGUAAACUUCCUAUUAAAUGGAUGGCUCCAGAGUCUAUAAACUUCAGGCGAUUCACUACAGCUAGUGAUGUCUGGAUGUUUGGUAAGUUUAUGUUUAAUUUGUGUCUUACUUUGUUGUGUGUGAUUAUGUCUUGACCCUCCUUCUCUGUAGUGUUUAAGUGCCAACAUUGAUUGAGUGUUCGUAUUUUCUCUGUUUCUAAAGGCGUCUGUAUGUGGGAGAUCCUAAUGUUCGGCAUCAAGCCUUUCCAAGGCGUGAAGAACAACGAUGUCAUCGGUAGAAUAGAGAACGGGGAGCGACUGGCUAUGCCCCCUCAGUGCCCUCCUACUCUCUACAGCUUGAUGACAAAGUGUUGGUCGUAUGACCCCAGCAAGAGGCCGCGCUUCACUGAACUAAAAACACAACUGAGGUAUGUAAUGGAGAGUGGUUUGAAAGUGCGUGUGCGAGUGUGAGCCAGUGAUUUAGUGUCUUGGUGAAGAACACUUUGUCACGGGGAGACAGUAAGCGGUCAGAUCUUUGGGGGUUUGCAUUCUCUGUCUCUUAUAAUUGAAUUUGAAAGUAAUGCAGUAAAAGAUACUAUAAAAGGGAGUACACUGGUGGAUUAUUUAUUACACUGAAUCAAGUUAUGUUGUCUCAAGGAUCCAGCGAUUCAAAAUCUACUUAGACAUGCUGGGAAUAAAUCACCCCUUUAACAAAGUCUUUCCAACCCUACUGUUUCAUAAAGUUACAGAAAAUAUUUGAGUUUUUAAAAAAGGCUCUGCAGGCUGCCUGUUGUAUAAAUAUGAUUUGACAUUAACUGAAUGAAUCGUUCUCUCCGCUGUUUUCCCUGUGGUAGUUUAGAUAAAGAAGUGUGCCGUAUUAAAUAUUUUCAGUGUUCUUUUCACUGAAACAACAGCAGGUGUCACUGUCUGUCUGCUAUGUUCAUCUUGUAAGAUUACCCCGAUUAAGACAAAGAGCUGAGGCUACAAUUACACUUCUGAGCUGAAGCAAAUGUUCAAGCCUGUCUGUGAAUUCCAGUUACAGAGUCAUUUGAAUCUUUGUGAAUCAGCUCUGGUAUUCAAAAUCAAAAAGUUAAAUAUAAGUAGUUGAGCAAUAAGGCAAAUACAACAUCCAGCUGAGGUGACAUCUGUCCCAUCUCACUGUUAUUGAGAAGGCAGUAUGGAUCAUUUCAGAAGCUUGUUAGAAAGGCUUUUUGAUAAAAGACUUGGCUGCAGAAGAGAAAUGAAACAAAAACAAAGUUAAUUAAAUGGAUAGCACUUUGUGUUUUGUCAUAAAUGUAAUGUCCUAAGCAGACUGUAACAGCGUGUCAUACACUGCAUCUAAAAAAACUGAGUUUUUGGGGAGCAUUUUGAACCUCAUGUUGAUCCCCUCCAUCUGUCAUGGCGUUUUGCAUUCUGUAAAUCUUUACUGAGCAUUUAACAGACAUGUGCAAGAUUCUUAGCACGUUGUCAAACUUGUGUAGAGAGUGUACAAAGACAGACAGUAUCAACAUGGUUUACACCCUCAGACUUAACUUUUAAAACAAGCCAAAACAAAAAGGCCCAAAAACGUUACUGUCAGCACGUUUUCACUGUUUUGGCUAAUGACUUUUUGGUUGGCAUGGCAACCACAGUGUUAAGAUGACGGAGAAAGAUCAAAUGAGAUAUUUAGGUCACACCUUGAUCUUUUGUGAAAUGAUACGUCAUUUCCCUGAUGCUAGCCUACAGACAUAAACAAUAACCUGGGCAUGUUGUGAACAGAUAAGACAGAACUAGACAACGCUCGACACAAUUUCAAAACUGUCUGAGUAAGUCCAGCAUAUGUCAACACCCUGAUAUUCCCCUUUAAACGGAAAGGAGCAAACCACUUCAUGAAUCAUACUAUGCUGUAGUCAUAACCGGGAUAGGCAAUUAGCUGUUUGUGAGAAGUUUUAUCAAUUAUUAUUACUCAGAGAUUUACUCCCAAGACAUAUCGUAAAGAUGAAUCUUUUGACUCCAGCACACUUCUGAAUCUCACAAAAAGCUAAGGAGAGGCGACAAAGCAUUGUAUCAGGAGGUACAUGCAAAGAGAUAAACUGCAAAAACCUGACAUGUUUUAUGGUGUAUGCGGGAAAGUAUUUUGUUUUAUUAUGUGGUUAUAGCAAUUGCUAUAAAUAGGUUCCUAGCAAGCAAAAUCAUAAAACCAGCACACGGAUAACAAAUUUUAAGUAUAUAUAUAUUGGCUUAAAAAAUGUCUCUAAAAAGUGGCAUUAAACAUGCUGUAUAUUUACUUGUGUUUAACUUGACAAGGUUAAGCAGAGGUAAAGUAGUAAUGGGGCCUUUCCCAUCCACCAUGACUCAGCAACGCAGACUUCGACAUGAACAUACCUGUGCUUCUUUGGAAGUAAUCUUCAGCCUCACGUCUGAUCGUAAGACAGAUCAUAAGAGCUUAAGUAAUGCUGGCAGGAAAUCAUUCUCAUUCAUUCAAGCAACGCCAGUGUCUGAAUAUUAGUUUUAAAUCACAGGUAGGUAUGCACUAGAGUGUUUUUUUCUCAUUAUAUAUCACAGUUCUGUUUCAGAUACCAGUUAUUACACUUAAACACAUGGAUGAGUUUUGCUGCUUGGAGCUUGAUAAAUUGGGUCUUUUUAUAAAAGAUUGAGAAGAUAAGACCUCCACACUAGUAUCACAAUGACUUAGUACUAACAUGUCAGUAUUAUUAAAGCAUGAGACAUCUCCUAUGCACAUGAAUAGAUCAUCAAGGCUUCAGCAAGCACAGCGAGAUGCCAUUAUUGUUUCCUUCCACAUGCACAUUCUCCCUCUUUCUCUCCUAAACACCAGAAACAGGAAAAUAAGAGUGCAUAUUGAACUCCUGUGGUUUUAUAGGUUUGCUUAAAACCAGCAUGACUCACACCUUAAAUUCCACCAUCACUACACUUCCAAUCCUCUCAAGGUCAGCUUUCCUCUCUCUUCUCCUCUUUAUCCCUUUCUUUUCAAACUCCUCACUGCGUUUUUAAUCCUCACCUCCUGACCUGUCUCACAUCUGCGUUAUGUCCUGAUAUGGCUCCUCUAUUCUGGCCUCAAUGAGCCUUUUCCUCCAAAACACGGAGGUCCACUCCUCAAUCUGACAUGUGUAUUGGAGGUUUGUGGUCAUAUGCAUUAAUGAGCUGCAAAACCAGUGUGCAGAAAAGCACAUGUGGGCUACAUAUGAAGGUUAAUCUGACCACGUUAAUUGACUUGUACAGUAUGUUGGUGUGACAGAACCCCUCCGUGUGCCCUAGCCAGUGUCUUGGAAACCGAGUCAAUAUUGACCGUGUUCACUGUGGUCCCUGGCUAUUAUUAGGGGAAAGUUAUGCCAUAUAAGGUCAUACAGUUUGGUUUACGUUUGGUCUGGCUGGCUUUUAUAUCAUAAUAUCAAUUAUAGGUCUCUGCUGCCAAGUAUGCAGCUCUUAGUUUCUACUACAGUUUUCCUAGACGGUGGACUAACAUGAGUGUGUGUGUGUGUGUGUGUGUGUGUGUGUGUGUGUGUGUGUGUGUGUGUGUGUGUGUUUACACAGUGGGCAGCUGCCAGGAGCUACUCAGCUUUCCAAAGAACAGAAAGAGAGAGAGAAAAUAGUGGGUGAGAAUGGAAGAGAGGAAAAAUGCUAGCAGUAGUACUACUGCAGCUCUGUGCUCUCCUAAGCUUGAGACGCUCCUGGUUUUCAGAUUGUGUUAUCCUGAAAGUGACGCCUAUGUGCAGUGAAGGAUUGAAGCCUGUAGCCUCCGAGUAUUUUUGUUCAGCAGCAGCAGAGCAUAUUUGUGUCAUCCUGCCAGCAGUAGUUUGUUUUAUCCUUAAAGCGAUGCUGGGGUCGUUCGCAGCUAUUCAUGUUGACCUUCAGUUGUGUAUCAGUGCAGAGUACCUGCAAAACAUCAUCUUUUUAGACGCUACUUUAUUCUGCUAGAAGCCUGGACUGGAUAUAUAGUUUGCUGCUGUUGGAUUGGUCAGCACCUAAGGUAAAGUAGGUUUUUUUCAGGAUUUCCACAUUGUUUGUGCAAGUAUGCUGUAUUUAUUGGACGCUUUAGUUCCAAUGGCAGCCAGUUGUUUGACUUUUCUCCACAGGAACUUAAAUUCUUUGCAUGGUCCUCCUGGAUUAUGGAGUCACAUUAUUUCAAUAUUUUACAUGGAAAUGUAACUCACAUACUUGUUUAUCUAUUUAUGCAGUUCUCGGCCAUAACAGAUCUGUUAACUGCUAAUUCAAGAGACAUAGACAUGCUUUUACUGUUGCAAAAUACAUUCUGGAGUAAAAACUGCAGUAAAGCUACAGUAGUGCUUCAGCAGUUUAAUUUACAUCUUCCAAAAUUGGCUGUUUUUUUGCCUCAGUGCUGCAAUGGAAGGGACAGAGGAGAAUAUUUUAUCCUGGAGAAAGGAGUUCUUGUUUUUAGGGGACAGGAUGCUGAAGGGAUUUAUUGUACUGUUCCAGUCUGAUCUAAAGCUGCUGUUAUGUUCUGUUAUUUGACAUGAUGUUGACAUAAAACAUAAAAUUUUAUUUAUUAUUUUGUCUUCUAGAAAACUUUGGAAAACACAUUUCUAAAGAGAUGUAUACGUUGACAUCAGCAAGAGAUUAAUGUGGACAUAGAAAAAGCUUCUAAACCCCAAACCCUGACACCUGAAACCUGUUUGAUGCUUCUCACUUUCAGUCAGUAAAAACUGUAUUAAGGUGUGUUCAGAUGGGACGUAGGUAAGAGGUUGGAGUAGCUGAAAAGUCCAACAUUAAAGCGUCUGGCUUAGCCAGAGUAAACAAACGUAACAGGCAUUGUUAUACCAGGUGCUGAUGUAGUGGAGGUGGAGGAGCAGACAGUCAGUGUUGCCUCCAGGUGCUGAUGUUAUCGUCAUCACGUUUUCAUGCAUGAGGUCAUUUACUGUUACUCUGUUGGGCGAGGUUUUAGUAUGUAUUCAUGACUAACUAUAUCCAAAGUUGAUGUUUAAUAACUUGGCUCGUGUGAACAUCAAGUAAAAAGGCCAGAGACACAAUGUUACUGUAUGGCUUGCUGAUAAACACAAAGUGAGAGCAUUUACGAGCAGUUGGAGACUAUUUCGUUAUUUUGGCAUGCACCAGUCUGUGUUUUAAAGUUGUCUGCUCUUGCUUUGUUAAACUCAUGGGAUCAAUAAAGUUCAGCACAAAAAACUAGAACCUCUCCUGCAGACAGAGGAAUGAGAAACAGAUUUCAGAGAUUUGUUGUAAAGGUCUGAUAAAGACAGAGAAAAACAUGAAGUUAGCCAAAAGAGAAAUAGGCAAAGUGAUAAACUGUUGGGCUAAACUGAAGGCUUAGAAUAAUUUAAUAACCUCAUAAGAUAUUAAAAUAUGAUUCAAAUUAUCAAUGUGAUCUUAUAUUGGUUUAUAUCUUUAUUUCAAAUGUGUUGAUAAAGUAAGAAGCAGUAAAGCAUAAGAAAAGUUUCCUUAACAAUAAUACCAGCUGCCAAAGUCAACACAGCAAAAAGCACUUGGUUGAAAUCCCAGCCUCCACUUUUCAAAACACUAAUAUCCUCACAGGUUCUUUAUCAGAGAAUAGAAGACAACUGGAUUGCAUUAGAUUACACAGAUGCUCAUAGUAUUAUGGCUGGUCACUGUUUAUAGAUCUAGUAGUGACUAUGAAUGAUAGAUUAUAAUGUGUAAGUCACAGCUGUUACACUAAUGUAACCAUACAAGUAUAGGUGAAUAUGUUGUGAUGGAAAAGAAGGACAAGACCUGACAGGAGACUUACUUUGACAGGUGCUAGGACAAUCUCUCUCACACACACAAACACACACCAGCAGACAGAAACACACAGCAGGAGACAACAGAACACUGGGGGUGGGUUAGGGGGGGACGUAAUCAUGUUACCAGAAAUAGCUCUUACCCUUGUUGAGGAAAGGAGAGUGGAAAGAGCGUGUGACUGCUGUCAUUGUUAAGAGUUUGUGUGUGUUGGAUUAACCACUUCUCAGUCUCCCCAACUGCAUUUUCUUCCUCUUUGAGGUUCUUGGUUUGGUUCAGCAGCAGUUUUUUUUUUCCAGGAAGCAGGUCAGUGAGUAUCAUUUCAGUGAGAUAUCGUUGGCAACAUGACAUAGAAACAUAUUGGUGGUCUUGGGAUACAGGACAUUGCUUUCCCUUCGAGAGGUUAAAUUUGUUUUCAACAAAAUAUAGUGAUAGAGAUAGUGGUUUACUUUGUGUUACAGCUUGUCCUGGUGUAAAGAGGAGUUUAGGAGUCUAAUAUGUUUGAAAGUAUCAUUCAGGAUAAAGGUUUUUGUAAUGAAGUUGGACUGAUUGGAGGGAACGGUUGUCACUGGCUCUCUGAGGAUUAUCAGAUGUCUUUGAGCAUCCUUGGAUAAACUGUCAGUGCAGUAAGAGAUUUCAUCACAAAAUGGAAUUUGUUUUUCUAAUGGCUUAAUUUGUGUUUCAACGCUUUGUAGUGUGAGGAAUGCUUUACAGGCUUCAGUGUUUAGCACACUGUAAUAAAGUAUGAAAGUGUAGAAAAUCAUAAUCAGGUACAUAGUUUUUUAAAUAUAACUUUUUUAUUUAGAAAAACUCUGUACGGAAGUUUACCUGUGCGGAAAUCAGGCAAUGGCAGAUGUUUCGUGGAUUGUUUGUGGUAUGCAGAGCAUUUUAAAUUGUUAAAAACUUUAUUCAAGUUUCUUUCUUCAUGUUUUCCUUAAAGUUAUUCUUAUUUCAUCGUAGUGUUUUUAAGUUUCAGAUGUUUCCUUGUAUAAGAGCAAGAAUGAAAAUGUGAAAGUAGACUUUUACGACUUUUUGAUUCUGCCUCUUAAUGCCUCAAGUAAUGAAGGUAAUGGCAAAAUAUAAACAUUUGAUCCUUAGAAAAAGUGAUGAGAAUGGCAUGUACCUGGUUGAAAGUUCAGUAAAAACACAUAUGAAUAUUUAUACUCUCUUUGUACUACAUCAUCUUUUUUUCCAGCACUAUUUUAGAAGAGGAGAAGCUCCAGCAGAAGGAGAGAAGCAGGAUGGAGAUGAGGAGACAGGUCACUGUUUCUUGGGACUCUGGAGGAUCUGAUGAAGCACCACCAAAAGUAAGACCCUCUCCGUGUGUCUUUGUCUGUGUGCUUGUCUGUCUGACUGUGUGUGUUUGGGUGCAGCAGGCGUCAUGAUAAAAAUAGGUUGUGUUUGGACUGUUUGUAGUGAGACUCACUGAUGAUUGCAAGUCCAACGUUUUCUUCAGAGAGGGAUUCUGUCUUUUUUUUAACUUCUAUGUGGAGCCAAUGACAUAUUUCAGAUAGAUAUUAAAUGAUUCAACUUGACUGUAGAUUGAUUAAAAGUUUGAAUCUUUCAACAUGAAAUAUUUCUAUAUACCUUAUAUCAACUUCCUGUUUGACACUGGUUAUCAGGAUGAGGGCAUUCCUCACAAGUCUCAGCAUAUAAGAAGUGGGAGGAUUAUUACAUUAGGCUCAAACAGAAAAGCUUCAUCAGAGGAAAAAGAAUGUGUCAUGGGAAUUAUAGUUGAAGACAUGGGACCACAGACCUUUUCUAUCACAUAUUUGCAUUUUCUUCCACUAAUUCAAUCGACUGUUUAUUACAAACCACUUCAUUUCCUCUGAGUGUGCAGGGAUUUUUCUCCUGUGAUGUGAUAGGAUGAUAAUCUUUCCAGGUAAGAUCUGAGGUUGACAUUAAAAUCAGGUACACUUCAGGAGGCUCACUGGAUAAUAGGUCUGGGAAAGCUGUUGACCACACGCCAGCUUUUACACAUGCUGCUGAAAAAAAAACAACAAUCUCGCCUUGAAAAAUCAACAUUUGUUUUUAAAACAUAGAGUAAUUUUUUUUUUUUACUUGGUUUUCGUUUGUUAAGUGGAGUACAUAAACCCAUCCCCCUUCACCCUGACCACUUCUACCAUCCCACUCACAGUUUGUUGCCCCAGCUGCUGGCUGACUCACCCUCACCUACUACCCCUGCUAUCAGCGUCUGUUAACUGCAUCUAAUGGAACUAAAGCCAUAUGUCUUGAACAGUAGUAAACAGAUUGUUCUCAGGCCUUCAGCGUUUCUGUGAUUUUUCAGAAUGUGGUUGCAGGAUUUAGAAACUGCUGCUCUUGUUUGGUUUUACUGAAUAGAGAAAGGAUUUAAGAUGAUCCCUUGAAGGUAAAUGCCUUUUCAUUUUGAUGUUUAAGAGGCUCAGUCACUUUAUGGCUUUGGUUACAGUGCUGGGUAUUACUUUCUGUGCUUUGGCUCAUCCCUGUUUCUCUCACCUGUCUACUACAUGUCCCUGUCUUUUAUGAUCCCUUUUACACCUUUGUGUCCCCCCCCCUCUACCUUUGUCCUUCUGUUUGCAGCCAAGCCGUCGUCCCUCUCUGCAGCCCACCAUCAGUCUGGAUUGUCUGUCUGCUCCUUCUCCUCCUCUUCAUCACUGCCAUCCAAAACAGCGCUUUGCCUCCCAGCUUUCCCUCUGCCUCGGAAACCCUCAUCCUCCGUCGCCUCACCUCCCAACUCCCCCACUCUACUCAUCCUCUCUGCAGUUUCCCCAUCACUUUUACUCUUCCCACAGCCUUCAUUCUCCUCCCCUUCCUCCUCAAAACAGUGCUUACCAUAGUUGUUCUUUAUCACAGCAGCACAGUGCGAGUUUUAAUCCUAAACCAACUUAUCCGAGCUCAACCCUACAACCAGAUGACAUUGACUUCUGUUCUCCUCCUCACACCAGCUCAGACGGCAGGUUUAAUGGCAGCUGCCUUCACAGGACAAAUCCAGCAUCAUACAAGUCAAACCCAGAUCUCUGGACUGCCUCCCCUCUCUGCUCCCAAUCUAGUCCAAAGCUUAAUUCUCCCCCCUGCAGCAUGUCAAAUGUUUGUCCCCACACCCUCCAAAACCCACAGCCAAAGAUAAAUUCCAACCUUAAAACCCUGCUCACACCCAGCUUUCACUCUGGCUACCAGCCUGAUCCGAGUACCCCUCCACAACCCGACACUGACCCCCAACAACAGCACCCUGCUGUGCAGGCAUGUAUGAGGCACCUGAUGGUCUCUCCUGCCCCCCUUUCACCCACACAGAGUGUCCUCCCAGCAUCCUUUGCCUUUCCUCAGUCCUCUACCGAUUCCCAUCCACUUAGCCAAAGCCCAAUAACUACCUACCCCCCUUUUCCUGUCCCCUGCUCUCAAAGACCCAGACCCUUAAAGGCAGGUGGUGUGCUGAUAAACUGCUCUAACACGGUUUCUCUGAAACAAAAGUCUGUGACUUCUUCAAAGAAUCCUGCAACAUUCAACAUUUCUGCCUUUUGUGGAUGUAAAUUUGACUUGAAAGAACAAAUUCAAAGAAACUUGCAAGAAAAAUAAAGUGAGUAAGGAUAUUUUGCCUCUUUAGAAAUAAAAUAUAUAAACUAAAAUAUAUAAAAUUUCACAAUUUGAAACAAAAUUGGUAUCAGUCACAUACUUGAUAAGAUGUCUUGUCAAGUAUUUUCUGGGAUCAAAAUUCAAAAUUCAGCCCAGAUAACAAUGUUGCAUUAUUUCUUUGAUGUGGGCAUUGAUAUCACAAAAACUCACCUUCCUCAGUGCUGUGACUGCAAACACAGUGUGUGUUUUUUUUCAGCUCCCUUGACUGUAAUUUGUCAUGUUUAUGCUUCACCUGUGGUUUGUGUUAUCUAACCUGGACAUGCUGUUGAAUGUCCUCUGUGGUGAUUGAAUGUACUUGCUGAUGUGUGUGUGUACAUGUUGAGCAUUGUGUUGAUGUGUCCUCGGAUUAUUGCACACUAUUUCUAGCCCGCUGUGGAUGCCUGUCCCCAAACCCACUGGCUGGCAGUUGUUGAACCCGAACAACUCACAUAGUUUUUUUCUGAAUUAACAACAACGAAAAAUGUUGUGGUCGGCUUUUGAAUGUUGCUGAAAUUUCGAUGUAAUGACAUGAAACAUCAAGUGAAGUUUAAAAUAUUUUUCUAUUGUAGGAGCUUGCAGGAAUGUGUAAAGCCCAGGAUUGAAAGUUUCUAUAAAUACAUAAAGAACUUGCUCAAAAACCUAAAUCUAAACUGAAGCCUGUUUACAGACAGAGCUGGCUCUCUCCCCUUGACCUGGCUGUCAGUCACUCUCCACUUAAGCUUGUUUUUAACUGUGACCCUGCUGUUGGAGGGAAUAUUUAGUCCUCCUGUUUUACCCACGUCACCUUUAACCCAGUGUCUUGCUGGAAAUAGUUUGAAAAAGAAGCUUUAGGAAGUAAACUUUUUACUUUAUAAAAAAAUAUACUGUGACAGUCAGAGCUGCUUCAAUCAUUUCUGAAGUCUUACAGGAAUAUAAAAUGACACUCAGUCCAUCCCUCAAGUUUGAAGACCGGUCACAAGUUGAAUCUUUUCAGCAGAAAUCCUGGAUUCAAAUAUUCAUCAAACUUCUUCUCAUUAUAACCAACUCUAUUCUAUGUUGCCUCACCCUCCAGUCUGUCUGUCUGUCUGUCUGUCUGUCUGUCUGUCUGUCCUCCCUGUGUUUAUCCUGGUAUUUUUAAACUGGGUAUUCCCAGGGGAACCUCCUGCUACAGCGAUUGCCAGGGCUGGGAAUCUAUUUAACGCUGAUUUUAACAUCUAAGAUGUCAUUUUUGUGUCCUCCAACUUGUGAUCAUGUUCACACCAUGCUGUAUAUUUUCCCCCGUGUCUUCCUGUCUGAGAGUUUUGAAGCUGUUUGUCUUGUCCUCAGUUUUUUUGUCUUGUCUACUUCUCUUUUUCCCCGUCCUACCGGUUCCCUUUUCCCCCUCCUUUUCUUUUGCUGUUUGUUUCCCUUCUUGUGUGUCUCUGUGUCUGUCUUGCCAUCGAAGGUGUGGUCCAGAGAAAGCUACUAUGAGAGGCUGUGGAAGGUAGUGGUUACAAAAAUGUUGUGCUAGAAUUUAGCUCUAUGUCAAAGAAGUUUAAAUUUCUAAGAAAACUCUCACCCGCCAUCCUAAGAGGGGGAAAUGUUCAUCAACUUUCAGCAGCUUCAUCCUCAACAAAACACCAGCAACCGAGAAAUGAAACAUGGCUGUGGGUUCACUAAGCCCUUUUCUUUGUAGCUACUGGAGCUGUGCAGCAGAAUAGAAAAGAAUAAAUUAUGUUUCCUCAGUAGCUUGGAUUAACAUGUCUCAUUUCUCGGGAAGACUCCCUUUGUCAUGCAGAUUUCGCGUAUUUUACUCUACACUUGACUUGUUCAGCCUUUUCAGCAGCUGCUUGUCUCAUUGUUUUUACCAAAUUAGAAAAAAGGGCCUUAAAAGAAGAGGUAUUUGGUGAACUUGCAGCCAUUACACAAUAUCUACACACCUGCAUCACAUUUAACCAGAGAUCCUAACAGUUCUUGACUAUAUUCAGUUUGUAGUGUUAACCUUAGAUGCCAGUUUUUGUAUUAAGACUAACAGCUUGCUGGACUUGCAGCCCAGUGGGGUGUCCCCUGUUUUGACCGACAGCUAACCCAGCCACACAAACAGCUCCUGGGAGGUUUGUGUGUUGAUUGUAUGAAUGAGUCAGUGUCUAGUGUUCUUCUGUUUUGUUUUGGGGGAAAAUGUUUGAACAAGCAUUAAAACUGUGUAUUUUUUUUAAAUACAUUUUUCUGCCCUGUCUCUGUUUCUUUACCUCUCUUCAUCACUGUCUCCGUCUGUUUUUCUCUCUUUCUUUUUCUAUCUGUCUCUCCAUCUACAGCCUAGUAGGCCGGGUUACCCCAGUCCCCGCUCAAGCGAAGGGUUUUAUCCUGGUUCCCAGCAUCCUGGACACUACCAAGUAUGCACACAGACCUGACAAACUAAAUCUUUCACUACUGCUGUGCUUCUCAGACAUAUCUGUUGCUGUUAGUCAAAGCUAAGUGUUUUUGUAAAUUGGGUAAAUUUGGUUGCUAGGAUUAAAUGUUUUUAAUUGAUUAACAUUUUUAUUUCUUUAAGUUGAGUUUUUCUGUUAUGAUUUGACAAAUAACUAAAUAAAAGGUACGUUAACUUUUCCUGCAUGUUCCUUCUUUCUUGUUUCAGAUGGCCGGGUACCCUGGCCCUCACACCCUUCCCUCAGUGCCCAGCGCCCUGUACCCCCCACAGGCUACGAUGCUGGAGACGCACCAUGCACACACACACCCCCGCCACCAUGUCCACACACACUCGCACGCACAGCACCUUCCUCAGCCACAUGGACAUGACAUGGCACUGUGGGGCUCCGCCAUGGAGGUAGGAGACAAAUGCUGCACUCAUAGACACACACACACACAGACACACACUCACACUCACAUGCACAGUUGGGUGACCAUGACAGAGAGAUGCUGUCAAAUGUCAGAAAUAGAGCUGAUUACUCAGGCAGUGUUGCUGUCAUCCAACUGCCCUCAGUCACAGUCACUGUUUAUUCUUUUUAAUUAUCUAGAGUUUACAGUCUGAAAAUCUUUGUGUUCAAGUCCAACUCUGAGUGGCUGUUUGGUGUUUUAUUGAUAUUUUUUUGUUUCUGCAAAUUACAUAAACUUCAAAAAUGAUUUUCAGACUAUCUGGUAAAUGUGUUGCAUUUGCUGCCCAAUAGUUCUGAGAGACUUUCUGAGAAAGUGUUGGGAGCAGAUUCAGUCCACACAUUUACAUAAAAAUCCAAAAGCUGAAUUGAUUUAUUGAGUUUUAGUUUGUGUGUCCAUCGUCUCAGCGCAGCUUCUUAUCAGUUUGGUGUAUGUGUUUGUUCUGUGUGUGUUUGCGUAUGCAUGUUUCCCUUCAUCUUUGUCACUGUGUCAUUGUGCGUUUCUGUUGCUAUGCUUGUCUUCUGUUGCAUGUUUGUAUUUCUGUUUGUGUGUUUGUGUGUGGGUGUGUAGGACAGGGCAGUAGACAUGCAGCAGUGUGUAGGCCCGCAGUGCCUGUUAAUGGAGGAACAGCUGAUGAUACAACAACAGCAGAUGGAGGAGGACCAGAGGUGGCUGGAGCAGGAGGAAAGGCUGCUGGUAACACACUCAGUGUGCACACACUAGUUGACAAAUACACAAUACUAAUCCUUCAGUAAUACACUUGAAAUCUGUUAUAUUUGGUAGACACACUUCUGCAUGUUAAAUGCAAAACCAUCCAACAUUUCAAGUUUUUUUUUAAGCCUGGUUUUAAUUUCAAACUGUUUGAAUACUAAGAAACAACAGUGUAGGUGUAAGUCUGUUUGUGUGUGUAUAUCUGAAAAAUGAGGAACACUUCUCUAAAGUCGAGAAGACAACAGAGAAACAGCCGUAUCUUUAGGCUCUGGAAUCUCUUUUUGUUUGACGUUGUUGUGCACGGUAAAGAUCGUAAACUGUUUUGUUUUGAUCUGUGGCGCUAAAAUAUUGUCUCUUAGUUUUGUCUGACUUUUCAGUUUUGCUUUUGCCAUUUAUUUUACUUCAUGGUGCAUGUUGUUUCUGUAAACAUGGUCUCUGACACACAUCACAUCCUCAUCGACACAAAGCUGAUUAAAGUAUAACUCAACUUUCCUGUGAAUUCAUUUAAAUAUCAGUAUAUCUAAAACCAAAAUUGGUGUUAAAUCCCAAUAAUUAUUCCAUCAAGACAUUAUUUAUCCUCUCCUGCCAUAUUUGUGAAUUACUUUGGUAAUGAGCGAAAGCUUCUAAUUGAAACCCAAAAUCAAGCCUGUUAAAGAACGUCAAUGAAAGGACUGUCUGAGAGGACUGACUGAGAAUUUUUUACAGAUUAUGUGAUAUCUGAGAAAAUGUUAAAGUUUUGAAAUUAGCUUCUGUUUUCUGUUUUGAUUUAUUUUAUCAGUUGGAUUGGAUCAAAGCACAGAAACAUAGUGAUGCCUAAGUCCUUAGAGCAUAAUCUUUAAAUAAGAAGUAAGGCUAAUAACAGGUUUCAGACACUGAAUGUUUGUUUUUUUAUUUCUGGAGCUUGAGAGGCGUAGAAACACUGCAGUUUAUCAGCAGAGGUCAGCUUCAUUUCGUACACUUUAAGCAGAAAUCAUUCUUUAAAGUGGAUGCAGUUGACCCUAAACUGCUGGUUUCUUUUCUCAAAGCGUAAACUAAAUGUUUACAACAAAGGUACUUACCUUCCCCCAAGAUGUCAUCUCUACUUUCUGGUCUUUACUUUCUAUUUAGCGAUUUACCGCUGCUUAUCUCUUGCUUGUUUUAUCCGUAGAAAACCUUCUGUUUGUUAUUGAACUGUAAUUUCAUUUUUACUGCUCUUCUAUUUGUCAUGAAUAAAUCGUAUGUUUGCUGCUAUCAGAUGUAGAAAUAAUACAGUAGAUGGUGAGACUUUUCCCACAUAAGGUCCUUUUCAUGUUAGAUGCAUAUUUCUAUGAAGGCUGGUUGAAGGAAGUGUCUGGGGUUUUAGCUCAAGGACUUUAUUGUGCAUGCUUGUGUGCCACUGUUUCUGUGAAUGUGUGUGUGUGUGUGUGUGUGUGUGUGUGUGUGUGUGUGUGUGUGUGUGUGUGUGUGUGUGUGUGUGUGUGUGUGUGUGUGUGUGUGUGUGUGUGUGAGAGAGAGAGAGUUUGUAGGCAGGUGUGGCCUGUGUGAAUUCCAGGCUAAUGAUAGGCCUAGAGAAUCUGACAGCCCAGUCAACAGUCUGUCUUUGACCCACAACCACGAGCUGACAACACACAAGAUUGCUGAAAAGCUGGGGAGGCGAAAUGUGUGUGUUGUAGGCUGAACGGUUUUUUUUAUGACAGUGUCACUUCAGGGAGGGGGUGAAAAGGGAGGAGAAAGGAGUAAUGGUUUGGGAGAGACGGGUAGGCAUGCUCACACACUGACAGCCCCUUGGCAGGGUGCUCCAUCCCUCCUCCUCCUCCUCCUGCCUUCUCCCUCCUUCCUCCUCCUCUCCGUCCCUCACUCAGUGCGUCAGAGUCAGAUAUAAAUGAGUCGGAGGCAGGAAGCUGGAGCUGAAUCUGAAUUCUUGUCUUGAUGAAACUGCUGGCACAGACAGUGAUUCAGGCUGGUACACAGACAGGAAAACACUCGUUUGGAGAAACAGACAAAACUGGAGAGAGCAACACAGACACAACAGCUUCUGACAAACCUUACACAAACUUUUCAUCAGACAACUUUGAUGAACUCUAUGGCAAUGCUGGUCUUCAAGUCCUGUCUUGGAAAACUGGUAGGCAAGGAUGUGUAUAUGUGCGUGUAUGAGAGAGAGAGAGAGAGAGAGAGAGAGAGAGAGCAGCUGGAGUGAUGGUUUUAUGUACAGAUGUGUGUGAGUGUGUGUGCCGUACAGGUGUUUUGUGUGUUUGUCUUUUUUCAGCUUUGCUUUUGGGUGUUUUAAAGUAGAGCGCAGUGCAGUGUGGGGAAUAAAUGUUGAUCUAAAAAGUUUUUCUCAAGUUAGAAAAAGUUUUGGAGUCUGAACUCAAGUCCUACAGUUUGGCAUCCCGCAGCUCUGUACAGUGUGUUCCUGUUUUAUUGGAAGUCUCAUGCAGGGGGAGUGAGUUUGUGUGUGUGUGUGUGUGUGUGUGUGUGUGUGUGUGUGUGUGUGUGUGUGUGUGUGUGUGUGUGUGUGUGUGUGUGUGUGUGUGUGUGAGAGUGUAAGUGUGUGUGUGAUCUUCACUGCUGGGAUUCAGUCAGUCAUUUUCCUCAUUCACUUAAUCACUUAGAGACUGAAGAUUAACCCUUAAAGAGUCAGAGCCUUUUUCAUAUGACAGUUACAGGUUGUUUACAGCUCUGUAUGGCAUGUCCUGCAUGGUAGGAAGAUUCUUAAAAGAAGCUAAAAUGUAAAAUCGUCUGUCUUACUGUAGCAUCAGUCCGACAGCAGUACAGUAUUUGUCAAGGAAAAACUGCUUGUAAUGUAAAGAAACAAAAAAAGUGAUUAUCUCUUUGUUGAAUCAACAGUCACAUUGUCUUUGCAGAAGUUCACAGAACUUAUAGUCUUUGAAUUUCCACAGAGCAGGAAACUAAAUCCCUCGCUGGAAUAUGUGAAUGUCAUUUACAUAAACAUUUGUAUUUAUUAUUGUUUGUGUAUUUAGAAACCAGACUCGAGAAGUUCCAGAGGGAGUCUGGACAGGGAGGAUGGUGGACUCCAGCCACCGGUGAGUUUUCUUUUUUUUUAAACUCACUUAUUUGACCGAAGUUUGUCUGAUGUCUCCAUCUGUCUUACUCUUAAUCUACUUAGCUGUAGGAAAAGAAAUAGUUACACGCUUUGACCUAUAAAAAAAGGUGAACUGUUCUGCAUGCACUCCUAUUUAAAGUUGUUUUCACAGAUUAAAAUCAUGUCAGCAUGUCACACACAACUCAUGAACAAGUGAGAGUUGAUUUUUGAACGUCAGUGUUUUUAAGAGAAGCGGAUGUCUUACAAAAACAAACAUCCACAUACUAAGUUUAACUUGCUGCUAUUGGCUGCAGCGUGUGUUUGUUUGGAUUUUAACUUGAGAGGAUUGAUCAAGCGACAGGAAGUGACCCGUUUUGGGUGGCGUCAGCAGUGAGGGGUCAAUGGAUUCCCACAACAUCUCGAGAUAUUAAUAGAUUGUCGUUACAUAAAAACAAACUUCCAGCAUAUUUUGUAUUUCUGUCCCAGUGUUGCUCACUGUACUCAGUAUGUUGGUAGUCCUUAGUUUAUUCAGCUCAACUGUAAGAAGAAAAAACAAUUGAAGAAAAAUAUCGCCCUUUAAAAACAGUCCUGAUUUUUUCGAGAGUUUUAAAGAUUUGACUUAUCCUUAUUUUUUGUUGGGUUUUUUUGCCAUUGGCUUAAAUUUAUCAUAGAAUUUAACAAGAGUUUGAUCAGUAAUGGAAACACUUUUUAGAUCCAGAACUACAUUAAGUAAUUUGAACUAGAACAUUGUAGUGUGACUGUUCUCCUGGCUUUCAUGUAAUGGUUUAAUCCACAGAGCUGACCACAUAUUUAAAUCCAGUGGUUUGAUGCGACUGAAGUGAUUUACUCACUGACAUAUAUCACUUUUUACCUCCACGUAUAUAAUCUUCUUGUUUUUGUGGAUAAGAGACACAUUUUUCGUACUUUAGAAAAACCUUUUUCUGAUUCAUAUUUCCCUCCUGAAAGUAUCAAAGGUCUUGCUUUUUUUUUUUUGUAAAACUUUUCCCAGAAGACACUGUACAAGAUCUGCAUGUAGCUCUGUUCCUGAUGCCAGCACAAGUUAGUAGUUAUAGCAGUGAGAAGUUGCCGUGGGCCAGAUAUUUCUGUCUCUGUAAUUCAUCUCUCUGCUUGUCCUCCUCCUUCUCCAAUUUGAAUGUCUGUGGUUUGUGGUGGGAAAAUCUCCCUCGUUUGAAUAUGUGUGUACGUGAAUGUAAAAUGCUGUAGUAGAUUAUUUUCGGGUGUCAGCGGUUGUCAAACCACAACACUCUGAUGGCACAGAGGCUUUUUUGGAAGCGCACUGGGCUGUUUUCUCACACAGAAAAAACACAACAGAGAUUCAGUAAUAAUACAACAAAGUAAAUAUGAAACAAGCCUGGCACCAUGAGAGAGUUUUGUGGCAUUGUUUUAUGUGCACAAACAUCAAAUCAUGAAGACAAGCUGCAACAUUUUGUCUGGUUUUGAGAGGGUUGCACAAACAACAGAAGGACAUAUUUCUCUUUUUUUGGUUUGCCUGUGCGUCCUGACAGGAUAUUUUGCCAACAUAAGUAACUCAGCAUCAGACCAUACACCACAGAAAACAGAGACACCCGAGCACUCUCUGCUUUUUACAACCAAAAAGUAGGACAUGGUUAUCGUGUGACAUGAAAAUCAGAUUGGAUUCCAUGAAUGUUUCAGAAGCAGCUGGUGGUUUUGUGCCUGUGAAGUUCUGAUUUCCUGCAAAGCUCCUGAUUAUGUACAUGACUGAGCACUCGCUAACCAAAUGUUUUGUUGUUGUUUGUUUGUUUGUGCGUGCAGACAGGAAACCAGCACAUAUACCAACCCGUUGGCAAAGCAGGUAAUAGACAGGCCUGAAAUUGUCUGUAAUUAUGGUCACUUGACCUCAGUUGUUUUAUUCUUUCUUCUUUUUCUGUCUCUGAAUCUUUAAAGUAUGUAGUUCACAUAUAUACCAUUACAUAGCUCUGUUAGGCUCUUUCUCAGCCUCUGUAUACAGACCCUCUAUCUCCUCUAUCUAAAGAUAUGCAGAGUCUGUGCGUGUGUGUGCGUCUUAGAGUUUAAACUCUGUUACCACAAUAUGACAAAUUUGAUUUUUAACUCUGCAGCCUUUUGGCUUCCUAGCAAGCAAACCAACCAACCUCUGUUUACAUGGACUCAGACAGCAAGUCGAGCUCAAUAUGAUGUGUGCUCAGAGCGUGAAUAUACACACUCUCAGAAAACAGAAAAGGCACUGGGCUUUGGCAUUUCAGGAGGAUGAUUUUGAUUGUUUUUUGGAAUUAUAAUGUACAUUUUUCUAUUUUUUUAAUCAUAAAUUUAUUUACUAACACAUGAGGGGGUUCUUACUGUUAAACAUCGAGCUUGGACUCCUAAGUUUUCAUUUAUAUCAGUGAAAAAUAUGAGAAGAAAUGGUUUUUACAUUUAAACAUGGUAUUUUGCAGAGCAUGCAGCUCCCCCAAAGAAACCCCCUCGACCAGGAGCCCAGAGCCAAGUGGGCAGCUUGGCCUGUCUAAAUACUGGAGACAGUUACAACGAUGGAGUCAAGGUACACACUCACGUCCAAAAGACACACAUACCCUAAAAAACAUCUCCUUAGAAUACACAGAAGCAAGUUAAUACAUUUAAUAAAAGUAGGUGGCAUGUUGUGUAUUGCUUUGAGUGUUAACAUUUUACUUUUAUUUCUUCUUCUUCUUUGGCUGCUCCCUCUCUCCUUCCUCCUCCUCCUCUUAUGCACUCUGCCUCUCUGUUGACCUCUAGCCCUGGCGGGUAAGCAGCACACUGUCUGUGUGUGUGUUUACUGUGCGUCCUGUCUGCUAGUUAAACAGAUUUUCUUUGUUUUGUUCCCUCAUUCAUGUGUUGUCACUUCUUUCUUUUUUUUUUAAUUUCCCGACCAAUCAAAGAGCGCAGCAUCAACACAGACACACAUCAUGUUACUAGCAGUCAUGUUAACUCUCCCCACAGACUUUUCCCCUAAAAUAAUAUCUUUUCAAGCAUCAUCUUGAUUUGCUUUUUCUAACACAUCAAAUUGUAUGGCUUCUACUUUAAUCACACCUGAAAUCUUUUUGAGCUAAUAUUACAGUGUUUACACUUUUCUUAGAAGGGAGUCAGUGGAGGAUGAUUGAUUUGAACAUGGAUUUAAGGAUGAUUGAGUGAGGAAAAAGGUCAGUUGAGAUGAAGCCUCAAAGAGAGAAGGGGAGCAAAGAUAACAGGGUAAAAAAAGAUAGUAUGUAAUAAGAUUGAUUUAGUGCAAGAUAAAUAUUAAAUAAAUUUAAAGAAACAAUGCAUCUUCAGAAACCAGAUUACGUUUUUACCUGUAAGCCCUGCAAGAAUCUGUUUUUGAGUGAUUGAGAUCGUGAAGAUUUGUCUCACCUGUGUGUUACUGCCAUCUAGUGGCUCAAGUUGAGAGCUUCAGACCUUUUUCUAUCCAGAAUAUUCAGAAGAUCUAAAAAACCAAAUAACCUAUUUCUUUAUUCACUCACGUACUCAUCUACUCACUCUUAACAUGCACAUCUCUAUCCAUCAAAAGUCUAUUUAGCUGUAUCCUGCUUUUAACCAUUAACCCUUUUUAAAAAGUAUGAUAUUUCAAAUUCUGACCAUAGGAUGUGCAGCUGAGCGUCACGUCUCUUAAGUUAAACAUGGUCAUGUUUCAUCAGACUUUGCACAGGCAGCAUCUGCAGGAUUCACUCAAAGUUCAAAGUUAUUAAAAUCUUUUGUUUGUCACUGAUUUAAAAAUCAAGUAAAGUUCGAUUUACCACAAAUUUGGUGUGUCAGCUUUACCAUCACGAUUUUAAACUGAAAUCAUUUUGAUAAAUGAAAUACGGCUCCUGUUUGUUUGUAUCACAAGCAGACUCUGGUAUGAAUUUUUCUACCAUUAAAAGCUCAAGUAAAACGAAUGUUCUUAAAAUAUAACAAGUAUAGGAUUUACAGUUUGUCCAAUAUGGACGAGAUGAAGAGCUCUUUUUUUUCAUCAGCAUUAUCUAACACAGUUUUUACAUCAUCGUCACUCCUCACUGUCUCCACACACAACUGUGGCUCUCUGUCCAUUCAGUCAAUUCAUUACUUACUGAUUUUUGUCCUCCUCUGGUUCAGCUGCAGCCACAAGAGAUAAGCCCGCCCCCCACCGCCAAUCUGGACCGCUCCAAUGACAAGGUGUACGAAAAUGUGACAGGACUGGUCAAAGCUGUGAUUGAGAUGUCAAGCAAGAUUCAGCCAGCUCCUCCAGAGGAAUAUGUUCCUAUGGUCAAGGUAAAAAAAAAAAAAGACAUUCAGACACAUAAUAAUCUCAUCUUAGACUCUGUAUUCAUCUGUGCUCCUCAGAGGGAUGCUGCAUUGUCAGAGUUUCUCUCCUAGGCUGAAAACUUUGACCGUGAAGCUGAAAAGCUUCAGAAAGACUCACAUCAUUCUGUUAACACGGCGUUAUGUUCUCUGCGUUUGACCACUCUGACAUCCUGUUUUUAUUGAAAGGCAAAGUACAGCUCCACAGAGGGCUGAAACAUGAUACUCCUACUUUCAGAUGAAGUCUGAUUCAUCUGUUUCUCGACAGAGCUGACCUCGUAACCUCAUCAGAUGUUUCUUUUCAUUGAGUGGAUUAAUAUUUCAAGUACCCUUGUAAGCCUCUGUGCCUGAAACUCUCUUUAAUGACACUAUUGUAUUUCAUUACUCCACACACUCUAACUUAGUGGGAUAUGUUAUUAAGAUUCUUUUUUAGGUCAGCUUUGCUUCAUUACAUUUUAGCAUGUUUUUGAUAAAUAGAUUCAGAUGAUUAUAUAGCAUUCUUGAAUACUUCUUCUUAAACCUGCCAUCUUUCUGUUCUGAACCUUUCUCUUCACUCUGUGUGUGCUGCAGGAUGUGGGUCUAGCUUUGAGGACAUUAUUGGCCACUGUGGAUGAGACUUUACCGCAGCUUCCAGCCAGUACACACAGAGAGGUAAAACACAUACUUACCAGCCACAUACGCUCACUCACACACUCAGUUUAUGUGUUUUUAAACUCUUAUAUUUGAUUAUUAAAAUAAAAAUAAAGGAUUGAAUCCACACACGUGCUGUAUUGGUGACUCGUGUCAGAAUGAGAUGUAAUUCUGGAUUUCUUCCACAGAUUGAGAUGGCACAGAAACUCCUGAACUCUGACUUGGCAGAGCUGAUUGGGAAAAUGAAGUUAGCCCAACAAUAUGUGAUGACCAGGUAGCUUGAAAUAUCAUUAUAAAAAGAAUUUAACUUAGGUGGCUUUCCCAUGCCAGAAUCAGUCAUAAAAAAAUAGUAUAAAUGUGUGCUAAUGGUAUGUUACCACCCACUUCACUAGUGCCAGAUUAUGUAAUAAUUGAAGUAUGUUUCUGCUCUGUCCUAGCCUCCAGCAGGACUAUAAGAAGCAGAUGUUGACGGCGGCUCAUGCUCUUGCAGUAGAUGCCAAGAAUCUGCUGGAUGUCAUCGACCAAUCAAGACUUAAGAUGAUGGCUCAGUCCCGCCCACACUAG